GCAAUGAACAUCCCCAAAAAAUCGUCGUUACUGACAAUCAGUAAAAUUACUUGCAUUUAAAAAGAUGAGUUAUAAGAGUGCAACGAUUGUUUUAACCUCAUUCAAAAGCUGUACCACUUCGUAACAGCACUUCGCAGGGAUCAAACUUGACUACAGGUAAAUGCCUUUUCUUUUCACUAUUUUCUGCUGUUUAAGGUGGCUCGGUUAUAACAAAAAAGGCUAAUUGAACUACAUCCUCUUAUUUUGUAAGAACAUACAUAUAAGAUAUAGGAAUCGAGGCUGAAAUUUGACAAAUUUUAAGAAUAUAGUCGAAGGAACCUCUAUGUGUAAAUCACUACAGUGGCAGCUUCGAUCGAAUAGCGAAUGCGACCACUUUUUGGAAGACGGCCUUAAAAUUUCCCAUUGUUUUUACGCUAUGGCUAUAUGGCCGGUAGUCAAAUAUACUCAGUAGAUUUCACCAAACCGAAAACUUCCAGCUAAUCUAAACUAUCAUAUGCCGAAAUGGUCAAGGUUUUCAAAACACUAAAUGGCCGGCAGUCCUAUAUUCUGAGUAGAUUUCACCAAACCGAAAACUUCUAGCUAAUCUAAACUAUCAUAUGUCGAUUUAGAAAAGUCACGCGAUCCUGAAAUGCUUUAUAGAUCUCAAGUCUAGCGUUUGGUUUACGCUGGGCUCAGAGGACGAACACCUUGUUUUGUGACACUUUUUUCAGCUCGACUGCCGGUCAAGGUUUUCAAAAAACUAAAUCAGGAGCACCCAACGUCAAUUUUCGGAAAAUAUCUGUUGGGAAGACUAUUUGAGAUCUAGAAUUUUCGGAACAUUUGUUGUAAAAUUUCUUGCUUGGCCGCCUCUCCUAGGAUUUUCGAACAUCUAAAAAAUGGUAAAAUUGCCCAUUUUUAACGGAUUUUUACCCUAAAAAGGUCACCUAGAAUUUUCGGGAGCCCUUUUUCUGGCUGAAAUUUUCGAAAAGGUAAGUUUUGAUCCCUAUAAUUUUCGGAUCACUAGACGUUUGGCUAGGAAACCCGAACAGGUGAAAAAUUUUUAGGGGAUAAAAAUGUGCCUUUAUCUACCGUUUAAAUACUAAAAUACGGUUAACUAUUCUAUGUUUGAGUGGUUUUGAACUAUACACUCGUUGGGUGCCCUUGAAUAAAUGGCCGGGAGUCCUAUUCUCAGUAUAUUCCCAUUUAGUGUUUUGAAAACCUUGACCGGCAGUCGAGGUGAAAAAAGUUCUAAGUGUCACAAAACAUGGUUUCUUCUUCGCUUAAACGAGAAUCGAACCACAGAGGGUCUUCCUAGAAAAGGACCAAACACAGUUACAUUUUGAGUUUCUAACUGUUACGAUAUGUGUAGCCUGUGUGACAGGCGUUUGAAAGCGAAAGGAAAGGCGGUUUGCGGAGAGAAAAGCGUGGAGCGAGCGCGGCGCGUUUCUCUCGCGCCUGACCUGAAACUCCCUUUCCCUUUCUCCCCUUCCCCUCCCCUUCCACCUUUUUUUUGCUCCCACUCUAACUUUCGCAGAAUAAUUCGAUUGGAAACGCUUGCUACGCAGGCUAUUGUCUCCUAACCCUAAUUCAUGAAUAUUCAGGGUAGGAGAUAAAGGAAAUUGAGAAGCAAUCUGGGUUAAAAAAUUUUAACCUGAAUUUAAUUUUGAUUUCCCCUCAUUACUGAGGGUUAUAUUUCUCGAAGUGAUGGCCGGUGGUUGGGGUAGGGGCUUUAUUCAAGGGUUUAUGGUAGCAUAUAUUAGUUUAGUGCCUUGGUCUUCUAAACGGUGCUGCAAAUAAUCAUUUUGUUUUCUUUGUGUCUGUAGGAGACAUGGCACAAGAGGGCGAUGCACUCCAUUAUCCUCAGGAAAUCCUUGAUCUCAAGUGGAAUACUACUUCCAAAGAGAAAAUCCAAGAGGCUUACAAAGUAUGGGCUGGCGAUUAUGAUAAGGUAUGUUUUAAAUUGCCAAAAUGUUUUGGUAGCCUGCUAUGAGUACAGUCCCUCCAUUUUUCUCGCUUCCUCCCAAACCGUCCCCGCCCCCUAAGUAGUUUUGACACUCAUGCAACUGAUGGCAGCCCGUAACACAAAGCGCUCGAUCUCGAUGAUCUUACGGAAAAAUAGAGAACUGUGAACAGUCUAGUGAAAAGUUUACUUCUGAUUGUUUGAAGCAAAUUUCUCUCCCGGCGAGACCAAUCAGAAGUAGUACCUUAGCUCUGACAACAUCAUCAGUAUGGUAUUUCUGCGCGACGUAAUUUCGUAAGGAACUAGUGGUGGCAUCGCGAAAUGGUUGCUGCUUCCUCAGGCUAUAUGUUAUGGUCCGGCUGACUCUUGUUACGUACAUGACGCAGGUUUGGUUUGUUACUGUGCAAUCGUCAUGUAAGUAGGGCAGUGAUUGAGAUGGGAAUCUUACAUAUAUGCCAAAAUACACGUAAUGUAGAGUUCAUUCUAGGGCAGUUACUAAUUCCAAAGGUACUUGAAUAGGCAGUUCAGUGCAUGUCAUGUGACUCUCACCAACUGAAAGAAAAAUUUAAAGCUAGAGCGAAAUAAUUUUCAGGAAUAAUUUCAGGAGCAUAUCUAAGUUAGUGACAAAACAAAUUUCAGGCCAGUGCUAUUCAAUGGAGCAAAUUUAAACUGAAGGUCGAGCAAAUCUAACAAAUCAAAUAUUUCGAAAACAGUGAAAUCAUUGAAGUCAUGGAGGUGACAACAACAACCUCGCCAACCAGUCAAAAUUUCGUUUAUUAAGUUAAUUUUGAUCAAUUGGUCUUUCUUAAAAAUGCAAACUGAACGUGCUAUCGUCAAAGUCUCUGGUAGUCUCCCUCUCAGUAGACUGCUUGCAGUCCGCCUUUUCUCUUAAAAUCCGUCUAGUUCUGUGGUGAGAUUGCAAGCAAUAAAAAUAGUUACGCGUCACAAACAACUGCCGGAAAAUAGCGAGCCAAGCAGUAAUCUCAGUAAUAAAACUUUUAAGGAUAUCUUACAGAAGGAAACUGCUGUAAAUUUCCUCAAGGGAAACGAUUUGAAGGCAAUCUUACCGGAUUUAAAGAAAGUGUAAUAUUUUCAGUUGUUUAUGUUCUAUUUAUAAAUCAUUUCAAGUAAUUCGGGUUUAAUUGAUUUAUUAAGUUACCUUGACAGCUUCGUUGUCCCUAGACCGUGAACAAAAGAUUCAGCAGUCUCUUAUUUCUCGGGCUCACGGCCUCGUUUUUCGCCGCUUGCGUGAUUAGGUUUUGCGUGCAGCAACUUUGCGAAGAAAGAUAAGAGACUGCUCGCAGUCUACCCUCGCAGCCAUUUUUGUCUCGUCACGCAGCGGGAAGUCUCUGGGAUUAUUUCAAAAAUUUCUACCAUUCAUUUGAAUAUUAUUUGACUUCUUAUAUGACGAUGUUCUCCAUGGAAAAAACAAACACUGGAGCAUUCUCCAAGAGUCUCUGCUUAAUUUGCCAGGAUCACUCCCGUUUUCCUCGUGAGAACGGCUUGGAUACUAAAAUUUGAUAGCAUUUUGUUUUGAAUGAGGGUAUGGGCAUGAUUUUCAGUUGAACAUGCCUAGCGAGCGUAAAAAUCGCAUCCAGUCUGAGGGUUAAUGAGAGAGGGAAAAUUUUAUGUAUUUAGGCAUGACAAAAUUCAAGGGUUGCAAUAACAUUUCCCUGCGAUAUUCUAUCCUGAUUAGCUGACACCGGGUCCAAAGGGUGGGGAAAGCAUUGUCUGGUUUAGGGGUAGGAAUGCAAAACGCGGUCUUUAUUGGCGAGGAUGGGGAGAGAUGGGUUUUCAGUGCAGGCUGUUAAUUGAGUGUUUGUGUCAUAGGGUUUCACCCAGAUUGUCUAGAAUGAAAAGUCACUUAACAAGCACAUUCAGCCUGGUCGGUAAAGAGCUUUGUCUGGCUUAGGGGUAGGGCGAGGAGACUGAAAUGGCUACAUUUGCAGGCUCAGUAUUGAUUGGUAUUUAUGUCAUAGGAUUUCACGCAGAUUCAGAAGUUAGUGUAGAAUGAAAAAUCGUUUGACAAGCACAUUCUGUCUGGUCGGUUAAAAGGUUUUCCAUGUUUAUUCCUUUUUUUUCUUUUUAGUGGGUUCUUGAAGGCUCCGCCCCUGGCACCCCGGGUUGUUACUCCCAUUUAUCAUGUGGAGAAGCCUUCUUCAAUGCGGCUAAAGACCUCUAUGGCGAAAGCAAGAAAGACCUCAAAAUAAUGGAUUUUGGCUGUGGGUCAGGACUGUCUGGUCAAGUUCUGAAGGACAAAUAUGGAUAUGAUAACCUGACUGGGCUGGAUGUGUCUGAAGAUAUGUUAAAUAUCGCUAGACAGAGGAACAUCUACAAGACUCUUAUCAGUGCCUUUGUAGGUACCGACAGAAUAAAAGAGAUACAAGAUGGUGAAUAUGACGCCGUUAUCUCCUCUGGAGUGUUCCAAACUGGUCAUGUGAGAGCCAGUGCUUUGGAUGAAAUCACUCGCUGGAUUAAGCCAGGUAAUUUGACACUACUUUGACUUCUUGUGUAAAUUGUGUAUCAAGAAAUCUAGAGGUAAAAGUGAGAUGACCUUUUUGGAAAAAUGUAAUAAGCAACUGACUUCGCUUUUUUUGUUUUUGUUUCUUCAGUUCAGUGACUUCUAUUAUAGAUCUUAAAUUCCACGCUACUCAACGUCUAAACAUGCAUUCACAUAAAACGUAGGCUUAUUUCUUGGAAAUUUUGUUAAAAAUUGACAUUAACUUCUUUUAGAAUUGAAAGCCCUGCAAAUCAAGAUGACCUCAAAGGGGAGCCCCGCAUACCGUGGUAAAACCGUGAAAUCGCUCGCUAAUGCCCUGUAUUUCCCGGUUAUGAGGAUACGGGGCUUUCCGCUAUCUGACUAAAAACUUGGGGCGGUAGAUGGAAUAAUCAUAAAUUAGUAUAAGAGUCAGUGAGGUUACUUUCACUCCAUGCCGGAUCGUCUGAGUUGUUUCGCCUGUACGAAAACCAUAACGGAUGGGGUUUCUGUUCUCUAAUAAGAACUGAGCGCCGAGCAGCGCCGCGCUGAUCUCGAUAGUAGAGCGUCACGUAUCGCAUAGGUUCUGUGCCACACUUUAGUGGGCUGUGACCACAGGUAGCCCAGGCUCGAAAUAUGAGCAUAGGCGAACAUCAGCAUUGUUGCGUAACAUUCGAAAUAUAAGGAUUUGUAUUGGAAAAAAACCUAUCUAUCUACAGAGAGAAAAUCGUUUACAGAACGGCUCAUAAAACGGCCAUAAAUCGGCCCAUGGACCACGCAGGAGAGACGUAACACGCAUUUUAUGUAAGGUAAGCUGUUUUUUUAUUGAUAUCCUUUCAUUUUCGUAGGUUACGGAAACGAUAGGUUUUUUCCCCAUACAAAUCCUUAUAUUUCGAAUGUUAUGCAACAAUGCUGAUGUUCGCCGAUGCUUAAAUUUCGAGUUUGGGCUACCUGUGCUGUGACUAGGAUGGAUACCCCAAAAUCAGAUUGUCAUCUUCACUCAAAAUAGAUGAUAGGAGUCUUAAAACUUAAAGUAAGAAGAAAGCAGCAGGUAGUGCACAGGACUUGAACCCACACCAUGUGAAGUUUGAUCCACAUCCGUGUCCACUACACCAUUAAGGGCUAACUACCGGAGACAUCGGUUAACGCAGGUUAUAUAACAUUGAUCAUUUCAUUAUUGAAAGCUAGCCGCUUUUUGAAAGAGUGCUUAACGCUAGUAACUGUACUUCGGUGCUAAACCCUGUAUUCAACUCUUUUCCUUGCACAACUGUCCCUUACUCUGAUUUCCCGACUUUUCUCAAAAAUUUGUCAAACAUAUACUCAUAAAUGGCUAUCUACGAGGAGUAUACAGUUGCGUAAUAAACAUAAGGUGUCCAACCUGAUUUUAAGGUAUCCAUGCUACUCAAAACCCACUUGGGUGUAAACAGGUAUUGACCACUCCGGAAAAUACUAUAACAUACCAUAAUGCUCCUUAAUUGUUUGUGGCCCCAAGGGAAACUGAAGACAUUGCUUAUGCAAAAUUUUUGGGGUGACAAACAAAGAGCGUUACGGUAUGUUAUGGUAUUUUCUGGAGUGGUCAAUUCGGAUCGUAGCUAGUCUGCUACACAGCCGUUUUUAAUGUCGUCACGCAACGCUACGUGACUACUCUAAAAACGGCUGUGUAGCAGGCUCGAUCGUAGCGGAAGUGAAUAAAUAGGAGAGCGGACUGGAAAACGGAAGUAAGUUUUGGCACUGUAAUGUAGCGCACCAAACAAGGCCAACUGCUCUCGCACGAUGUUUGAUGUGUGUUCCACUGCUGUGUCGUAGCUAUUUACAGUCGGAAUAGCACGGUACAGCGUUUAGACAUGGCCUAAGGAUUUACUGCUUGAAUUUGUUCCUUUCAGGUGGUAUCAUGUGCUUCACUUGUCCAGUGUUUGAUAAAGAGGAAAGCGGUUACAAGGAGAAAUGUGAGAGUCUGGAGAAGGAGGCAAAAUGGACGCUGGUCUCCAACAAGGAAGCUGAGUACUAUGGCGACAAAGCUCCUAAAGGGCGUGGCUAUAAAACCUGUCGAAUGCUGGUCUACAAAAAGUUAUAAGCACUUUGUUGGCAGUGGGUGGUUUCGUCAUCUUAUCCUCGACCUUUCUACACCGGGUUUGGAUUUUGUGCAGUCAUGUUAUUCUAUGAACUAGCAAAAUUAAGUGAAACUGAAUUGAAGAAAACGUUUUUUUCAAUUAUAGUUCUUUAAAAGUGUCGUUCGCUACAAGAUUUAAAACCUAUGUCCAUUUAUUUCGGUUAUAAAAGUUAGCACACAUUUUGUUCUUUUUAUGUGAUCAAAUAGUUAGUUUAUAUUGACAAAAAAAGUUCUUAAUGCUUCUAGCUUCGUACUCAGAAUAUAAAACAAACGAUAUAGAAGUUAAUAAGUAGAGCCCAUUACUUGUUGCUUGUUAUUAAAAGUUCGUGCUUAAAUUCCACUAUAUCUCUAGCCGGAUUUUUGAAAACGUUAUAGAAUAGAAUAGAAUAGAAACUUUAUUAAAGUGUCAAAAAACCGUCUAGCCAGGGAACAAAUCCCUUACUAAUUUGGGGACACCAAUUAGGGGAGAAUAUACAAACUAAAAAACUAUAUACAGUAGUAGGUAAAAUAUCUAUAGUUAACUAAUUAAGAGAUUUAUAGUAAAAAUACACAGAAGUCAAAAUGAACAAAGGCUACAGCCUGCGCAGCCAUCAUCUAAAAGUUCACUUAUAUUGAGUUGGCGUAUCUUGCUUUUAAACGACGUUAGGGUUGUGACGUCCCUGAUACUCUUGGGUAGUUUUGUCCAUAGCCUAGGCCCUAAAUAUCUAAUAGAGUGCUUGCCAUAGGUGACUGUCUCAUACCUAGGUAUAGAGAAAUCUGCUUGCCGCAGAUUGUAAUUACUAUUUGGUUCUUUAAAGAUGUUACUUAUAUAUGCAGGGCACAGUUUAUGCUUUACUUUAUACAUAAGGAUGCACAGAUCCUGUAAGCGACUAUUUAGUAGUGUUGGCAGAUCUGCCUUCUCUAAUAGUUGUUCAUAACUAGAAUUAUUAUCCUUGAAAACCGCUCUAAGUCCUCUUUCUUGUAGUCUUUCAAGCUUUCGAGUGUCACUCGCUUUACAAAAAUGCCACACUAGGUGACAGUACGUGAGGAAUGGUAAUAUCGCGCUUUUGAAUAAUAUUAACUUAGAUUUCAUAGGAAUUAAAUUACGUAGUCUCAUUAGAACACCAAUUCUCUGGCUGGCUUUUUUUUUACAGAUAGAGAUUACAUGCUCAGAGAAAUUUAGCUUAGAAUCUAACACUACUCCUAGAAGUAUGAUAUUAUCUUUAGAUUCAAUCACAACAUCAUUCACGCAAAUAUUGCUGUCAUUUUGAGUGAAGCCCAAGUUCAAAACUUGGUACUUUUUGAGGUUUCCCGCCAAUAAGUUAGAAUCGUACCACGUUGUUGCUAAGUUGGCACUAUCCUUUAACUGGGAAGUCACAGCUGCCUGGUCUGCUCCUGCGUGGUAAAUUUGAUGGUCGUCGGCAUACAUAGACAAGUUCGCUGUUAGGCAGUAGGAUAGGUCAUUCUGGAAAACAUUCCAUAACAACGGGCCAAGCGCGGAGCCCUGAGGACAACCACGACUCACGAAUCGGCUAGAACUAACAUGACGGCCGAUCUUUACUUGAUAUUUCCGUUCAUUUAAAUAGCUGUUUAAAAGUUGAAUAGCGCUUUCCUGAAAACCGUACGCUUCAAGCUUGUUCAGAAGUAGUGGUGGGUGUAACGAGUCAAAUGCCUUUGACAUGUCAGUUGAAAGUAUGCUCACAACCUGUUUUCGAUCCCUCGCCAGUCUCCAAUCUUCUACUAAAUUGAUCAAUGUUGUUUCGCAGCUGUGAGCUUUGCGAUAAGCGGAUGAGUGUUGGUAAAUGCGAUUACCAAAGCCAGAGUUGAUCUGCGCUCCAACCAACUUCUCAAGAACUUUACUUACACAUGGUAAGAGAGUUAUGGGCCGGUAGUUUUCCUUUGCAUUCCUGUCAUCCUUUUUGUAUACUGGGGCCCAAUGCCCAUACUUCCAUUCACUAGGCCAUGCAUUCUUGUUAAUACAAGAAUUGAACAAGGUGGUUAGUGGAGCGGAUAAUUCAUUAGCACCUGUUUUUAAAGCCUUUGAAGGAAUUCCAUCAGUGCCGGUGGCUUUGUUUAUGUUCAGCGAAUCGAGAACUGCAAGGACUUGUCCCUGUGUAACCAAUUCGAUUUCGAUGGUCUGAGUGGAAUUCCUAUUUUCAUGUUGUAUCCUCUGAACACAAGGAUGGUCUCUAAAGUCCUCUAUUGACUUUCUUUACGGCCAAAUAGACCUCUUCUGUCAAACAGCUUAUUUUUUGGCCAAAAACUCCUCCAUCUCCUAAGUAGUCUGCUACAUAGCCGUUUUUAUUGUCGUCACGCAACGUUCCUCACAGGAGCGUUGCGUGGUCGCCGGGUGCAAAAAACUUGACUUUUGUCUCUAUUUCACUCAAAUGGCUGCAAAGUUCGUUUUCAAAAAAUCGGUUAGAUCUCGCGAUUUUUGCGAGACAGUAUUUCGCGGGGUUUUAUUUCAAUAGGCAAAUAUGAAAAAAGGCCUUAGAUUUGGCGAUUUAAGCGUUCUCAACUUUAUUUUACUUUUCAAAAUUGAAUUUCAUAAGGUAAAUCGGAACAAGGAAUGUGUAAAAUCUUACAACCGAAGAUACGAAAGGAACUUAACAGAAAGAAUUUGCGUAUUAGUCGAUUCUGUAUAUGUUGUUGCUAUUACAUAUUAAAAUUUAUUUUUCUGUGAUUUGAAUUUUCUGUUUGAGUAUUAAAUUUCGCGAGGAUUUAUCAUGAUUCACAGGUCUUCAAUUUCGCGAUUUUUAAACAAUCGCGAAAUUAAAGACCCGCAAACCAAUAGGUACAUUUGUCGCUUACAUGGAUUCACGAGAUCUAAGUGCUGGCUAGCCUCCCCGCAGACGUCCUUUGGGGUUCGUUCGUCACGCAUUCAUUUCUCUACAAUGAAUGCGUGACGAACGAACCCCAAAGGACGUCUGCGGGGAGGCUAAGUGCUGGCCAAAGACCGAGAAAAUCGUGUGAUCUCCACAUGACUGGUUAAAUCAAAUGGCCGAGAGAUAGAGAGGAGGGGGGGUGCAGAGGGGACGAGCGGGGAGCGGAGGACGACCAAGGUCUUGUUUUGGCAAGACAAUAUUAGCCUGCGAAAACGCUAGUCUGCUACACAGCCGUUUUUAGUGUCGUCACGCAACGCUCCUCCCCACUAACGGCUGCUGAAAACCGAACUACAUUCCUUUCCCGUGAUUAGCCAAUUAUAAUUCAGUUCCCAUUUUCUGGAAAGUGUUCGCGCCACCUUCGCGGUACUGUGACUCCUCCAAUCACAGCUUUGCUUUUAUUGGUGCCCCAUGUGUGAACGUCAGAAUAAUCAAAAUCGUCGCGUGAAAACAAGCAAUCAACUACAGUGUUGUCGUAGUCGAGUCCUAUUCAAAAUUUAGGAGAUAAGCAGCAACAGCAAGAAAGUCGAGCAAAUUGCGAUUCACAACAUGGAUGUGCUCAUAAAGUUGCCAGGUAUAGUUUCGAGAAAUCGCUCAUCGAUAAUUUAUAAGAUUGCUUUUUGACUCAGUACCCUUGAGAGUUUCGUCUUCACAGAACACAAAGAGCACAUCCAGUACAUUAAAUUCUUCACUACAUAUCAGCACAUAUGUACGUUAAAUGAAGAACCAACCGAUCCCGGUAAAAGUUUUCUAGGCCUAUCAAACCUUCUUUUCACUUGGAACUUUCUUGACCGCUUAAAACAAACUUUUUUGCAAAUUAACCUUUUCGUUGCUUGAAAACACAGAGCCCGUCUAAAUUCAGCGACGAUUGAUUGAUUUGUCGAAAACUGAGAAGCGUGCUCGCUUCCUAGCGCCCUGCGGCUCACGUAUUGUCAAAUUUCUUGUACAUGAUUGGUUUAUUCGUUAGACCACAAACACAAAGGGAAAGGAAUGUAGUUCGGUUUUCAGCAGCCGUUAGUGGGGAGGAGCGUUGCGUGACGACACUAAAAACGGCUGUGUAGCAGACUACGAAAACGCAGGCUAAGGCAAUAUUUGUGAGACAUUUUUGUAACAAAUUUUGGCAUACCCAGGAAACACGAUUAAUUCCAUAAACUUUGUGUUAUUAGCUAUGAAAGAAAACUAAAUAAAUUACAAGUCAUAUUUUUUAACUGUCGUAAAAUAGAGCCUUCACGAUUUUUCUUAUACUGAUAUGGACUAGAUAGAGAAAAUCCGCCGGGCAAAGUUGGAAAGAGCGUCUUAAAAUCAAUAAAAUUGCCAAAUUUGAAAGGGAUACGUCUUAAGCGAGCGAACUCAUACCUCGGCGAAGUUACGAAAAUUUCAAACGUUUGUUGAGAGUAAGUUUGUGCCCCUAACCUGUAUAGCACACGCUUGGAACUAGUAGGCGCAAGAAAGAACAGGCGCUCUCGAGGGAGACUCACGUGUCUCCCUCGAGCGCGCCCGUCCUUUCUUGCGCCCACUACUUCCAAGAGGCUGCUAAGCAAGCUAUUGUGCCCCCCACCAAACGAACGUCUGUAAAAUUUCGCAAUUUUGGUGAGCUAUGUCAAUUUUCAACAAAUCGCUUUAAAAAACUUAGCAAUUUUGCGAAUUUAAAGGAACUCUUUCCAAUUCCAGCAGAGUUGACGGAUUUUCCCUGACUUGUCCACGUCAAAAGUUGAAGAACCCUUGGAAAGGUCGAUUGGACCUAAAGAGACUGAACAGAAAUUGGAUGCGGGCCGGUAUCAAUCGAUUGAGAUACCUUAUUAAUGCGUUUUUAAGAAGUAGUUUAGCAAAUAGACCAAUUCCGAUAUAUUAAAAUGCAUAUUUGGCUGCGACGCUUGGGGAAUAAUAAAAAAAUGAAAUCAUCUUGAGGCUGAGCAGUGAAUAACACAAUUUUUUGCCUUAUUCCCCAAGCCUCGGAGCCAAUUAUGAAUUUUAAUGGGCUACCAAACCACCCGGAUCUUGUUUACUGUGGGUAAUGUCGACCGAGAUAUCGGUCGAUAUAACGGUCGAUACUCGGUCGACAGUCGGUCGAUACUCGGUCGACACUCGGUCGAUAGUCGGUCGACACUCGGUCGACAGUCCGUCGAUACUCGGUCGACACUCGGUCGAUACUCGGUCGACACUCGGUCGACAUAGCGGUCGAUAGUCGGUCGAUAGUCGGUCGAUAGUCGGUCGAUAGUGGGUCGACACUCGGUCGAGACACGGUCGAUAGUCGUUCCAGAUGUGUCUCGGCCGAUAUAGCUUUUCGUUCACCGACACUUCGCCGACAUUUCGCCGACACUUCGCCGAUAGUUGGCCGAUAGUUGGUCGAUAGUAAUUGGUCGACACUCGGUUGAUAGUCGGUCGACACUUAGCAUUUCCUACAUUUUUUGGCUUGGAAAACAAGAAAUUAGAAAGCAUUUUCUAGCUUGGACCUAACUAUUUUUUUAAAUUGUGUUUCUGCUUUUUUAAUUUCAAACUUCAAUGUACUUAGCCAAAAUUCCGGAAUAAUAGCUAUUAGUCAUUUAUCUAGCCUUUUCUUUUAAUUCAUGUGGACGGGAUUUAGCCUAUCUGUAUCGAUUUUUGUCACCUUCCUCGGCGCAUUAUCAGCGCGUUUUAUCAAUAAGUGAUCGUUAAACAAAGGACUGUUCCCGUCUUCAAUGCAGAAAUAUAUAGGUUUAAUUUGUGGUCUCUGCACAAACGAGAACUUGGCGUGAUGAAGCAGGUCAAAGCCCGAUAAUAAAAGAUGUGCGGUUCCUCGCUCUUAAAGCAUGUCAUCAACUGCCUUUUCCUAUUCAUUGUUCGUCCACUUCGGGACUGCGGGAGCAGUCAUUUCACUCGUCCUUAUUAAGUAUUCUUCGACUGCGGGACCACAGGAGCAGCAGAUUCAACUUAGGCUGAGACAGGUUCUGUUUAACAGCUAAAACUCAGACGAUCGGUGAUGAUACAAACUGGAAAAAAAAAAGGUUAUCAUGUCCUUAGUUCCCAGUGCUCUUCGGUUCGCUUCAUAGAGUAAUCGCGCCUCGCACUGCCACAUGUUCCCCCAUCGCAUGAUAACAGUAAUUAAUGACGUCUUUGCUUAAAAAAAAAGCCAUUGGACUCACCUGAUAAAUUAACACACGACUGAUAUUCGAACGACAGGCCGAUAUACCACCGACAGUUCACCGAUAUACCACCGACAGUUGACUGAUAUACCACCGAUAGUUGACCGAUAUAUCACCGACAUAUGACCGAUAGUAAGUCGAAGUGCGUCGUCAAAAUAUCGACCGAUACUCGGCCGAUAGUCUAUCUCACUAUCGACCGACUAUCGACCGAUUAUCGACCGACUAUCGACCGACUAUCGACCAACCAUCGACCGACUAUCGACCGACUAUCAACCGACUGUCGACCGACUAUCAACCGACUAUCGACCGACUAUCGACCGACUGUCGACCGCUAUAUCGACCGCUAUGUCGACCGCUAUGUCGACCGAUAUCUCAGUCGACAUUACCCACAGUAAACAAGAUCCAACCACCCUCCUCCAAAUUUUAAGAGACCUUUUCCUCUAAUUCACCCGAGCGGUUGAAUUUUUCAGUGGACACACUUUAAUCUUGCACACUCACACAACAGAAAAGUUACUCUAGACAAAGUUUGUUACAUAUGACUGCAUCCAUAUUCCUUCAGUGGCAGUUGCCUUUGCCAUGUUUGAGCAUACAGUAUUUCUCAUCUUAUUGUCAGUAAAAUUACUUUCAUUUGAAGAACGCGUGACGAGGACCUGAUCGAUCGAUCGAACAUAAGCAUGCAAGGCUAAAAAUCCCGCGGGAGGGGGGAUGGGGAGGGGCGCUCAAAGGAAGUUUGUGUAGCGGUGUGCCGCCGAUGCCCGCAAACCCCGACCCUGUUUAAGACAAAAACUUCUCAUUUCGCUUCCCGUGUUUAAGAGACAGAAGACACUACUUUCCGACUCUGAUUAGCUUUGUUUUGCACUGACAGAACUAAGUAAUUUUUCUCACUAAAAUCGUGGAAAUAGAUAUUUAAGAAAAAAAAUAUCUGUAUUGCAAAUGUAGGCCGCUCAUCGCAAGUGUUCACACUCUUUGAAAGGCUUGUCCAAAAAGACACCCUGUUCAAGACGAUUAAUAGUGAAAUUGUAUACCCUGUUUAAGACUAAGACCUUGAAAAUCAUAGCCUGUUCAGCGGCACAUACCCUCAUAGGCCAAAUAAGGGAGUGCCCCUCCAGGCUUGAAAACCAUACCUUGCUCAGCGGCACAUACUCGCAUAGGCCUAACAAGGGAGUGCCCUCCCCGGGCUAAAAAUGAAGAGUAAACAACAAAUAUUAGUCGAUUACAUUUAACCGCAGAGUUCAGUUAAGAGUGAAUUCGUUUCGGCACUUAGGAAAGGAAGAACUUCAUCACAGGCAACAUUUAAACCAAUUUCUUUCGUUAGCUUUUGAUAUUUUUGAACAAACAUUUUUUUCUGCUAACCCUCAUAUAAGCGACAUACGUAGUACCGAUUAUUCCUCUUUAAAUGUUCCUGCUCAAAACACGCCUUCAUUUUGCAGCUGCAGGUAGUCCUGUAGCGUUCUAUCUCGGUAAAUGUUUGAAGUUUCUGGUAAGCGUGUUGUCUUACGAUAGUAAUAUCAUGAAGACUUCAGGUUAAAAUGGGUAUAAAGUUGGAAAGUAUUUGAACUCAAUGAGAAUUUUCGUCAGAUACCGUAAGACCACAAGGUCAUAAGUCUCUCUAUCCUUCCUCUUGUUCAAGACUAGAAGCCUUAUUUUGUAUCCCUUUUAAAGAUAAUCAAGCUUUUGGUGCUUCUUCAAAUUCCUUGAAAGCAGAGUUUAUUUUCGUUUGCUAUUGGCGUGAGAAAGUAGACUCUGCUCUGAGCAAGAACUCUGUUUGAUCUUGCGGACCGUGGACCAAACUAACCAGUUUAACCUUUAUAUACCAGUUUGCAACUCAGCCUAACCAGUUUAUAGCCGUAGACGAACCAACCAGUUGAUCCUGUUUUUUUUUUCCGCACGCGUGUCUGGUAAGAUUAUAUGCUGACCUUUUAGUGCGCCCUCUCUGACGUGUUUGAAUAUUCAAAGCAGUGAAUGAAUGUUCAUGUUAAUUAAGUGAUGUACGGGAGGAAAAUAAGACAUUUUAGUCUAGCAUAAUUAGGAAUUAGAAGCAUUAAACCACCAGCUAAGAAUUACUUUCAGCGUAUUAAUGUCAAUAACUUGAUUGUAGAUGACUGAUUCAUACGGGUACGGGCCGGCGUAAUCCCGCGUAAUCCGUCGAGCCUCGUGCUCUUUUCACGCAUCAGAGUUAUCAUAUUAUCACGUGUAACGAAGAUUACAUGCACGUGGAAAUUGUUUGGCUGAUUAGAAUGCCGGCUAAAGACUCUCCAAUCUCACAGAGCGAUAGCCUGCGUACAGCUGCUCCCUCCCCCUGAGUUAAAAAUCUUACUGAUGGGGAAAGGGCGCGGCUGUACACAGGCUAAUAAAGUAAUACCUCGUUCUGCUCGAGAAGGCAAAAAAACACGACACAUGAUCCAGUUAACAUUUCGUUUGAACGUUUGGUGAAAGAUUUGCAUUCAAGUCGCUAGUAUUGUUAUGAAGAAAACUGGAACCGCCAUGACGUCGUUUUUGUCGAGGGGCUUUCCAUCAAAUCGCGGUCGGUUUUUCAACGAAAUCGUCGCCUAUCAAGAAUAUUGUUUUGUGGGGUUAAACGCUACUUGCGAUUUCUUUGCCGUCAUAUGUCCCCCGACUAAUGGACCUUAAUUAACAUUGGCAAAUAAAUCACACAAAUUACAGCUUAGUGUAGAACAAUGACGUUUUUCCAAGCAUUAAUGGCCUGCUUCAUGGAUUAUCCGUCAGAGACGGGUUAUCUAUUGAAUAAUUCGCGUCAGAAAGAUAAUAAGUCUUAAUUUUGGAUUAACAUUCCGCCUGGCUUCAUCCAUCUGAUUUUCCGUCAAAUUUGACGAUUUUUGAAGUCCGUCUCUGAGUGAAAACGGCCAAUAUAUCAAAGUUUAUACAUGUUUUUAUACAAUAAAAAUUUUAUUUUGAAGAAUGUUAAGACUAACAAGUGUUCAAAAAACCACAAAUUAUCUCUGACCAUCCGCUUUAAUUUUCCAGUUUGUGCAUCUGUGCCUCCUUUGUAUUUUCUAUGGUUAGUUUUUAGGAUGGCCGAAAACCGGUCAAGGUGUUCAAAACACUAAAUUAAAAUGAUGGACAGUCCGAUAUUUUUAUUCUGUCUCAGUGACAGGUUAAAGAAUCCCAGCCAAUCCAAACUAUGAUAUGUUGAUUUAGAAAACUGAUUAGGGCAUAGUUAAUUGACCCAUGCAAGUGAUAAGGGUGAAGCACUGACUCGAACUGACUUUAUUGCAAGGGUUGUUGCUAUAAUCAAACCUCCUGGCCUGAUUUGGGCCAAACCCAAGAAUUGAGUUCGAGCGGUCUACGUGGUUGGAAGUUCGACCGUUUCGCCGACGAACAGUUUGAACAAUUUCAAGAACCGAAUCCAAUACAUCAGUUAUGCUAGAAGCCCAUAGUUAUGCUAAUGCAUUUUACAGUGUCAGGAGCCCAUCAGUGUGGCUCUGUCGCAUGCUGUUGUUUUUCACAGUACAGGUGCAUUCAACUAUAACGAACUUUAUUUCAUAACUUUUUCGAUGGCCACGAAACUUCGAGAAAACGUACAGCUAUUAUUCGACGAUAAUAAGGAAUAAUGAUCGUGGUAAAUGUUUUUUAUUUUUAUUUUUUUAACGAAAUUAGCGUUUAAGUGGACCCUAUUUUUUAGGAAUAUCCCAGUUUUAGUGGAACAUUUUGCUGCAUGAGAUCACGGUUUUUGUCAUUUAACAGUUCUUACUGAUAUAAUUAUAUGCCAAGAUCUUGACUAUAUAUCACAAUAACAGAUUUCCAAGCCCGUUAAUUGUCGGGGGCGCUUUCGCCGAGAAAGGAGCCCCUCUACGUAAUCAUGCCGUAAGAGAUGGAGGGGUUUGACGUUGAGGGGGUUGGAGAAGGGGAGAUCCCGGGGGAGAUAUCUCCAUAGUUCUUCAUAAGACAGGGGCACCCAACGAGAAUAUAGUUCAAAACCACUUAAACAUAGCAUUGUUAAACGUAUUUUAGUAUUUAAUCGGUAGAUAUGGGCAUAUUUUUAUCCCCUAAAAAUCAGUUCAUCUGUUCGGAUUUCCUAGCUGAAAGUUUAGUGAUCCGAAAAUUAUAGGAAUCAAACCUUACCUUUUCGAAAAUUCCAGCCAGAAAAAAGGCUCUUGAAAAUUCUACGUGACCUUUUUAAAGUUGAAAAUCCGUUAAAAAUGGGCAAUUAUACCAUUUUUUAGAUGUUCGAAAAUCCUAGGAGAGGCAGACAAGCAAGAAAUUUCACACAAAAUGUUCCGAAAAUUCUAGACCUCAAAUAGUCUUCCGAACAGAUAUUUUCCGAAAAUUCACGUUGGGUGCCCCUGAUAAGAUACUCAGCCUCAUUCAUUAAUUGUUAAGUAAUUGCUUUAAAUCAAAUAUUCACUUCUCCACUCCUCAGGAAUAUGUAAAGAAAUCUGGUGAGAACCACCUGUUGUGUUCUCCUGCCCUUCAGUCGUGACGUACACGUACUGGUAGGCGCUAAAACGGCGUAAAAAUACAUUUAAAUAUCCCGCUAGCGGCCACCCAAAAUGACAAGGUUCAGUGAAAGGAAAUUAUUGCGUCAUUUUGGCGGGAAAACUCGUCAUGUGAUCUGAGAACUGAACUUUGUACAAGAGGAACUAAGUAGUCCUUCGGAGUCGUGGAGCUGCUGAUCGAGUGUGAAGAUUGAGUGUAGAUCAUCGAAAUUGUACGCGAAUUGAUGUCGAUGAAUUCUUUAAGUGUAGAAGAGAGCCGUCAUUUAAAAAGUGGUCGCGGUCGCUUACAGGGGUGGUCGUUUACCCGGGGGGGACUUCACAUAUGAAAGGGGUGGGGAUGCUUGUCGGAAAUUUUGGAUUAAACCCCCAAAGGAGACCGAUCUGGGCUUGGCCCAAGCUUUUUUUGACCCCUAAAAGAGACCAAAACCGUGCAACCCUAAACGAGACCUUCACGGCUAAAUAUGAUGGCGUUUUCCCCAGAACACCCUUAGGCCCAGUUCAGACGUCGUGCUUCUGCCGUGCCGAACUAAAUUCAGGAAUUAAGUUCGACAAAAGCACGACAGAAGCACGGCGUCUGAAUCAAGCUUUUGAAUUAAGUUCGGAAAGCAAUUAAGUUCGACAAGUGCUGCUGUGCUACGCGGCUCUAGCACGGCAGCGAUUCAAACGUCGUGCUUCUGCCGCGCUAAACAAAAUUCAUAAAUUAUAUUAGUGUAUUUUGGCGAGAUUGCGUUCCCACGGGGAGUUGGGAGAAGAAUUGUUACGAGGCAUCAGUAAAUCCUGAAUUUGGUUCAACUCUGGCACGACGUCUGAAUCAAAGUUGUUUUCCUGCCGUGUUACAGUCGAACCAAAUUACAAUUAAGUUCGGCACGGCAGAAGCACGACGUCUGAACUGGGCCUUAGUGAGACCAAAAUCCGAAAUUUACACCCCUAAGCGAGACGACUAGCAUCCCCACCCCUUUCAUAUGCCGAGUCCCCCACCCAACCCGGGUCGUUUACGAGAGAUUCCAACUGUAGCAAGAGAGGAUAAAGGGGACAGAGAAGGCAUCCCCCAUACACACCCUAUUCCAUAGGUAAUUCGCCUCGAGUUAUUUUUGCCUCGAGUUAUGGAAUAGAGUGUGUAUGGGGGAUGCCUUCUCUGUCCCCUUUAUCCUCUCUUGAACUGUAGUGAUUUGACUGGGAAUAAAAGGUUUUGUGUUUGGCCGGGUAGUCGCUUACCAGAGGUAGUCUUAAAUGGUGGUUUAACUGUAUUUCUAACAUAUAAGUAUCAGUUGCAUCUUUCCUAGUACAUUUCGCCGCAAUCAAAACAUAGUUGCAUCACCUGUAAACAUUCAUGUCGCAAAAUAUAUAUAUGAUACACAUUCCAUCUUUUCUUACUUGGAGACACAAAAAAAUCAAAGAGCAGAUAACCUGCGAUUCUCUGUAGACUCUUUGUUCCGGAUCACUACAUAGUGGGAUCCCUUAACACAACUACGUAAUAAGAAUAAAUCGCUAAAAGAGGAAGUCCUUUUGCCAUUUUCGUGUAAGACGUGUAACGUUCAUGAAUUAAAAUGAUAGAACCAUAACGCGCGUCUUUUCCAAACUCUGCUUUAGAGACUCUCGCUUAAGUACCGGACACCUGAUAAUUACAAACAGUUUGCUUUGUCCCUUUGGACAGAAAGCCAUUACAUUUUCUAUAAAUUCAAUUCGCUUAAUACGGACACUUUCUAUGUCCCCCCUAGCUCGGUAUCCCCAUUGUGCGUAUUAACGGGGUUGACUGUCUUUAAAUGAUAGAACUUUCUACCCUUUUCAUCUUACUUAACAACUCGUGAAUUCCCUGCCAUUUUAGGGGCUGUUUACAUGCAGGGAGGAAGAUCCUAGAAGGUGGAAUAAGUUUACGUUGGGUUUACAUGCAGAAAUUUCGGCCCGUGAGUUGUUCAAGUGGAGAAGGUUAGAGAAGGAAUAAAAAAUGGCGGACGACAAAAUUAAAAAAAGUAAUUUGGGUCCUUCUACUCUCUUUACUGGCGUAAAUCACUACCUUUCAGCUGAAUAUUAACACAAUAAUCUGCUCGUGGAUUACUCUAAACGAAAUGGUCGGCCUUUAUUGCCGUAAUUAGCCACUGAACGACCAGCCGACAUUUUUGUCGCGUUUGUCCCUAGUACUAGGAUCUUCCUAGCGAAAGCAGUUACAUGGUGCUAGGAUCUUCUUACCUCUCAGCUAGGAAGAUCCUAGUACUAGGAAGAUCCUAGCGCUAGGGACAAGUACAACCCUUUGCAUGUAAACUGAAUACAGAAAACAUAUGGCGCUAGGAUGAUCCGCCCUCUAGGAUCUUCCUGGUUCCCUUCAUGUAAACAGCCCCUUAUAUACCUCUAGUCUGAAAAAGGCACGGCCUUUCGCGCGCGGAGAGCUGGAAGUUUACCCUUUAUUUGUUGCCUGAAACCGUCUUCUGUACUUCUAUUGGCUUAUUAGGGAGCUAGCAACAUCGACGGUGACGGCAACGGCGACGGCCACGAAAACCUCACUUUAAAAUUGAAGUCGCGCUGCUUCAAACUUAAUCGCGCUUAUUUUAUCUCUUUCUAUGCGUCAAAUGUUGACAGAUUUUUUCAGGAGUUGAGUUCUUAAAGACUGUAUCGAAGUCCAGGAAAAGAAAAAAAGGGUCGUUGUCUUGUUCACGUCCUCCAGCGGGCGGGCAUUUUCACGUCGUAGUCGUGCAGUGACGGCAAAGAAAUGUACAAAAAAGCGAGAUGCACGUGCGCAGUCGGUUUUGCCAAUCUAAACCUAUUGCUUUUUUGCCGUUCUCGUGUACUAUCCUUUCUCUUAGGGCUAAGCAGACGUCACUAGUGCAAACAAAUCUUAAGCUAUGGUAAAACGGGCAACAAAAACGUGCAACUUGUUUUGCAACAUUGCUGCGAAACGAGUUGAAAUUAAAGCAAUAUUACGCGUUUUACUACCCACGUUCAAAAUCUGUCUUGCAACAAAUCAGCCGGUUGUUGCAAGUUGCGCGAAUACUGAGUUCCAAUUGGUUAGAAUUCCACGGGAGUCUUGGCAUAAACAACAUUUUCGUCACUUGCUUCAAAACUACAGUUUGCCUUGGGCCGGUAAAACGCGUAACAUGUACAGAUUUUGCUGCAGAAAAUAGCACUUCUCUUAAGUUUCUGUGAAAACGUUUUUACAAUCUGCAACAAUCUAAUUAGUAGCGAGACAGGUUUAAUUCGUGGCAGGUAAAAUGCGAAAAUCGCUAUUCAACUCAAAUUGCAGCGAUGUUGCAAAACAAUUUGCACGUUUUUGUUCAUCGUUUUAUUGUACCUUUACCGACACCUGUUACAGUUCAAAAACGGUUAGUAAGUUGAACUGGUAUUUGUUUUGUGGCUGCAGAAGACAUGGCAGAAAAUGGAGACGCAGCGUGUUUCUAUCCCCAGGAAAUCCUUGACCUCAACUGGAACACUACUUCCAAAGAGACAAUCCAGAAGGCUUAUAAAGUAUGGUCUGUGUGCUAUGAUAAGGUACUGUUUUGGGGUGUAAAUAAGCAUUCAAUUAUACGAAACGUUUGCGAACUUAGACAGGUUGUGAUAACUGAAGACUGACCGGGUGUACAGAACACUAUACUCUCCAUCACCAACUAUACUGUGGUUUCUGGUUAGUCCAACUUUUUUCGGGAACUAUAUCUACUAAAAUAGUUUACUUCCGGGAUUUCAGGCCGAAGAAGGGAAGGGACAUAUGGAAGCUAUACAUGGUGGGCCGGCACCCAAAGGAGCCCCAGAGGUGAUCAAAAUGGGAUUGGGUACGCUCAGGGUCAUAGGCUCCUGGUACGCUAUAAAACUUUUCUCUGUCGUAUAUAAGUUAUUUCACUCAUCUUGAAUGUAACAAUAAUAUUGCAACCAGCACAGGGAUCCUAGGCCUAGUCACACAUGCUCAAUUUCCUUGUUAACUGCUUAGUCAUGAUGAAUAGUCCUAUAAGAUGGCUGUGACAGGUCUACACUGAGCUGCGCCGUGAAGCAGUGGUCGAAAAAUUUUGAAAAGUGUGCUUAUGCAGUGGCGGAUCUAGGGGGGUCCGGAGGGCCGGCCCCCCUACUUUUAGACCAAACUGAGGCCCAAAGGGCCGAUAAAAACUUUUUUUGAGACCGGGGCCCCCCUUAUCUCAGGGUCUGGAUGACCUCCCUCCCCACCCCCUUAUCUGAAGGUCUAGAUCCGCCACUGUUAAAUGAUCAUACUCUUUUGACGCUGACUGUAUAAUCCGCUACUAUUCCAAGAGAUGGAUAUGAUGUCAUCUGAAUUUGUAUGAUCGUCUGGGUUAAAGUAGUAUAACUCCAUGCAAGUAUUUCGUUUUUGUUCCAGGUCUCUUUUUAUAUUUGCUGUAUGAUAUGUAUUUUUUUACUUCCCAAACCCCUCCCAAAAAAAUCAACAAGAUCAUUCCUCGAGUGGCCAACUCUAGUUAUAGACUCUUUUCUUUUUUUUUUUUUUUUUUGCUUGCCUUGAUUUUGCCCACUGCAAAACUUUCUUUUUUCCGGCCUUUUCACAUUCUCCUCAGACAUCUGUUACACUUUUUGCAUUUGUAGGUCAAGACGUAGAUGUUACUCAUUUCGAAACUGUUGCUGGGAUAUUACGUACAUUUUGUUUCGUUUCUCUGAAUAUUAUACCGUAAAUCCUCUACUGUGGGCUUUUUUUCAAGCACCUUCUAAGGGGGUGGGAGGGGGAGGGGGGCUUAAUAGAGAGGGGGCUUCUUUAAUUUAGCGAAGAUGAUGGCAUUAAUUCUCCAUAAAGAAAUAGAACGCAAAGUAAAUAAGCUCAGACACAUGAGGUUGGACUUCAUGCUCGCGAACAACAACAACAAAAAGAAUUCGAAAAAAGCCACAUGCCGGAUCAGUCACAGUGGUGAUUAAUUACUACAGUCUUUCGUUUAAGAAUACGGGGGAAGGGGAGGGAGUUUAAUAACUUUCUACUCCUAAAAAAGCGGGAAAAGCCUAUUAGAGAGGGGGGCAUAUUUGAGAGGGGGGCUUAGAGUGUUUUUCUUGAACCAUGAAACAGAUGCUAACAAAUAGUGCAAAAUAGCGACAGGUAACUAAAAUAGAAGACAAUAGAAUUAGUGCAUAACGUAGUGUAGUAUUCUACCACCUAUUUCACGGUUCUAGUAAAAUCACUCUGAAAGAGGAUUUACGGUAUUUUAUUACGGCUUUUUUGUAACUUAAUUUUUUGUGAUCACCUAAUUCAUUUGCGUUUGUUUCUUAUCAUAGUGGUGAGCUGUGCAGUGCGAUCUUUAAGAUGUAGCUGCAUAGCUGUGUAAAGAAUGAAUAAAGCAGUACUGCUGUUGUUUUCCAAUUUCAUUGACAAUUUAUUAUAAUGGAAUUAUGGGACAAGGUAUCAUUGUCUGAGUGAACCAGCUUUAAAAUAGAAAUUUAUCUUUUCUUGAUAUACUAUUAACUAUAUGUUUGUAUGUAAUACCAUUGAAUUCGAUCAGUUAUUAUAAUGUUAAGGAGUUUUGUAACCACAAUAUAUCAUAGAUGUAUACGGUCAAUACUUGAUGCAGAUACUGUUUAUAAUCACGAGAGCUCUGCUUGUAAUAGUACUCAACGCUUGAAGAAUUCUGUAACCGGCACAGUCAAUCAUACAUGUACUUGACAGUUAUAUUCUUAAAGAUUCUUACUAUAUGUUUAUCUAUUACCAAUAGUUUUGAUUCGUUUAUUGUUUUAGUACGAAAGUGUUCAAUCAGACAUGAAUUUCAGUGCAGAUUGAUAUGAGCUUCUUGAGAUUAACACUUUUUACCUUCAUGAGAAAACAUAUAUUUUAAGAUUUUCGCUCAUAGUUCCUCUCUUAUCUUUAGGGAGUAUUCUAUUUCUUUGUGGUGUGAGAACAUCAGUGUAAGCGGAUGGUCAAACAAUUUGUAUUUUAUACCCAAGAUUCAGUCAUGCAUAUUAAGCUUAUUACCGACUUAAACCAUUAGUUCCUGAGUACGAAACAUGUCAGACUUCUCUCCUGCAUCUUAACUGUUGCCAGUUGAAGUUGACUUGUGUUGUCUGCCCGUAUGGUGUCCUCAUCUUUGUCGAUUUUUGAAUGUGUUGCGAGCAUUUCCAUAGUCCAGUUUUGCCACAGUUUUGACAUAAACUUUGAUUCAUCUUAACGAUUGUUUUGAAAUUGGGCAUUUCCAUGUGGAUUCUUUUAAAGAUGUAGGGUUUUUGUACGCUCACUACGUGAUCGAAUUUUUUCCCCUAGUUUUUUUUUGGUGAAUAUAAGUCUAAUAACUCCUAAAAAGGUUUUUUUUUCAAGAUUUUUAUCGGCAAUGAAGAGCACCCGUAAUGCCUCCUGGGUCAUCGGUAUGACGCUAUUUUGUCUUUUCUCGACGCACUAGGCAAAACGUAUAUUUUGACUGUGCUAUACGACAGGUAACACAACGAGCAAACCGUGCUGAAGAGUGAAACAAAUUUAGUUUUACCUUCAUUCUUGUUUUUUCUUUUUAGUGGGUCUUUGAAGGUUCCGCUCCAGGCUCCCCAGGUUGCCUCGCUCAUUCAUCAUGUGGCGAAGGCUUUUUCAAUGCGGCUAAAGACCUCUAUGGUGAAAGCAAGAAAGACCUCAAAGUAUUGGAUUUGGGUUGUGGGACAGGACUAUCAGGUCAAGUUCUGAAGGAAAAGUACGGAUAUGACAAUCUGAUUGGACUGGAUGUGUCUGAAGACAUGCUAAAUAUCGCGAGAGACCGGAACAUCUACAAGACUCUUAUCAGCGCUUUUGUGACUACUGACAAAAUAGAAGACAUACAAGAUGGUGAAUAUGACGCUGUUAUCUCCUCUGGCGUGAUUACAACUGAGCUUGUGAGGCCCAGUGCUUUUGAUGAAAUCAUACGCUGGAUUAAGCCAGGUUAGUUAGCGGACAGGCUAAGGCUGUACUGGCUUCUCUCUUGGGCAGAAAAACAGCAGAGACCGGGAAUCUAUAACUUGAUUCUAGCCCUUGAUUCCUCGUGCUUAGGCCUCUUUGAGGUCUUCUCCACACGUCAAACCGUGAAUGUUACUAGCGCUCUCACAAGAUCUCACCACAUUCUUAGCCAUAAUUUGAAUUGAGAGUUCUUCGGCUGCAAAACAAUCCGUAUUUUUGCCUAUUCACGUACGCGCGAACAGUCAAACGAAGGAUCAUGAGCGAGGCUGAAAACAGAGAGCAAGACUGGACGCCCAUGGGCGUGGGCGUGUGAGGCUCGCGCGGCUUGCGUAGCCUGCAAAGCAGGCGUAUUUUGCAGCGCGAUCCAUGACUUUUUUUUUCAGAAAUGACGCUUUCCCGCCAUCUUGGAGGUUAAUACUACCAGAGAGUUGGGAUGAGUCAAAAGCUGAUAUCAAGAGAGAGGUUGAUGGGUAUAAAAUAGAGGUGGGGGAGGGGAGGAAAAAAUACAAAAAAUAUUUAAUCCUCUCUCCUCCCCGCCCCUUCUCCCCUUCCCCCCUUUCCCGCCCCUCCUCCCUCAGUCUUUUCCUUGGCUUUUCAAGAUGGCGGCCGCGAUCAAUGUAACUCUGAGUUUCCGUUGAAAAACGCCUGCUGUACAGGCUAGGCUCUCGCGGCUCUAAGGCUAUUCUUACGCUACGCCAAACCAAUUUUGAAAAAAAAAAUAACUGACUGUUUUGCAGCCUAAGAGGUUUUGAGUAAGAUGCUCUUAAUAAGAAGAAAAAAUCAGCGAACAAAUAUUAGGAGAGUGAAUGAGAUUAACUAAUCCGCAAAUUAAAAGUCCUAUUUUUGCAGUUUCAGCUUGGGGCGUGACUAGCCAUGGACAGCUGUUUCGCCCUAAUUGAGGCUCAUCAGUAUAGCAUAGCCGUCGGACAUCUGUACGGAUAAAGUCGUCUUCAGAGGCCCUUUACUGCUGAGGAGAGUGCAAAGCACUUCUCUAAGCGCCUACUCCACACAACACACAUGGGAACUGUCGACGGCUAUGCCACGCUUAUGAGUCCCAAUGAGAGCGAAACAGCUGUCCAUGGCUGCCACUGCCCUGGUGAGAUGGUGGUGCGCAUGCGUGAGGUACUGGCCAGGCCUUGGGUUUGGGUUAGCGUAUGUGUGCCCCUUGCUUUAAGUUUGUCUUGCUUAUUCCGUGAAUUUUAAUUGAAUUGUCUUUUUUCUGCUCGUUACAGGUGGUAUCAUGUGCUUCACCUGUCCAGUGUUUGACAGAGAGGAAGACGGUUACAAGGCGAAAUGUGAAAGUCUGGAAAAAGAAGGAAAAUGGACACUGCACACAAACAAGGAGGCUUAUUACUAUGGCGACAAACUUCCUCGUGGGCGGGGCUAUAAAACCUGUCGAUUGCUGGUCUACAAAAAAGUAUAAAAGUACUACUCAGCAGCUUUGUAACCGGCUUGGAUUUUUCUGCUAUGAUUUUAGUUCAAUAAAAAUCAUGAAGGAAGGAAAAUGAAUCAAUGCACGUGCGAUUUUUGACUAGGGAAGGACAAAUAGUUCGGUUAGGUAACCAUCUGGAUGGGAUCAAUAGCUGCUUCGUUACCAGGCGCCUCUUGGGAUUUUUGACGGUAGUCGCGGCGCAAGGAUCAUGGGAAAACUUCGGAUUGAAAACUUCGUGCGCCCUGACUACCGAAUAAAAUCCCAAAAUGCGCUUGGGCACAACGCAGCAUUGAUAGGGAAUAGGGUUCACUACAUUGGUUGCCAACGGUUAGGCUUACUUUUUGUCAGUUCACGUCUUUAUCGUAACUUUUAGAAGUCUCUCCUCUCGAACGGGUGAAGGUUUGCGCUGUUGAGGUCCCAGGUGUCCCGGAAACGUUAGCUACAAAAUACGAUACUUUACAGAUAACUAGUAGAGGUGUGAUAUCAGUUUACUCCUGUUGAACGCAAGACUAGCUACUGAGUUCUGAACUCUCUGUUGAAUUUCGUUUACUGAAUAUAAAAGGCCUUACAUUCAUAACUAGUUAAUCCUUAGCAUGAAACGCAGGCCCUGGUUUCAAGGACGCGCGUUAUAUAAAACAUAACCAAACAAGACGCUAUGGGAGCGUAUAUUUGGGCUUGGUUGAACUAAGCGUAUGUGAAGUUUCUUAAGUGAAUGAGGGAUAUGUGGGUAGUGCAGUGGUAUUGUAUAUUUGAGGGGUUAGUUGAGAUGUGUGAAGUAGUAGGCUUGGAGUUAUAUUGGAGGUUGAUUGCUAAGAUCAUGGGUGUAGUUUGUGAGGUAGUUGCUGGGUUUCUACAUUGAGUUGUUUUUAUUGGAUGUUGGUAAUGGAGUCAAACUGUUAAUAGUGGCACUGAGGUGUUGAUAGAAAAUGUCUGUAUUAUGAGAUAUGAUAGCUUUAUUAAGAAGUAAAAUCAUUGCAGCCCCCGGGCCGGCUGAAAUGUAACUUACCCUACAAUGGAACUAAAAAUUAUCUAUAAAUAUAUGAUAACUACUAUAAAAACCGUAAAAUAUAACCUACAAUAAAAUACAAAAGGAGAAGUAUCAACACCAAAAUACUAAUAAUUAAGAUUACUACUAAUAACUAAAACUGUUCGCCAUAAUAAAAGUGUUUUUAAACCUAUUUGUCUUACAAAUCGGUAGUUUGAAGUAUCUCUGGCUACGGGUGCAAUAAGUAGACCCGUUGCGUGGCGACAGCGGAUCAUGGAGCUUGCGGCUUUGGUCCCUUACAAUUUGGUCAAAUAGAGCAUUACUCAAGGCCUUCCUCCUCUCGUAGAGUGACGUGAUGUCUAGAGCUACUAGAGCCUCAGGAUAGGAUAAGUCGGGUUGUAUUAUCCCCAACGUGCGCUUUUGCAACCUUUCCAUUUCAUUAGACAGAUAUUGCGGCAAAGAAUCAUGAAAAACUGGGCACACUUAUUCUAAUACAGAGCGUAAAAAUGUUGUAUAGAAAAGUAGCAUAUCCUUGGGUGGAACUUUAGCGCGCUUAGCUGUUUUAGGAAGUACAGGCGCGUCGCAGCCUUUUUGCAUAUAGAUUCUACAUGCGCGUUCCACCUGAGGUUGUCUGAAACUACCACUCGUUGCAGCUUUGCGGACGAGACAACUUCGAUUUGCUUAUCAUUGAAAGUGAUAUGGUCCACAGAACUUCCUGAUCUAGAGAAUGAUAUUCUAAAUUCUUUACAUUUAGACUCGUUGAGUUGGAAACCAUCAGCUUCCGACUGUCGUACAAGUUAAGUUUAUUAUAACUGACAUGUUUUACAAACAUACUGUUUUCCAUCAAAUGAAGACUGCACACUGAAAAAAUUUCCAGACAAAUAUUUACUUUUGCCAAAAAUGUGAACUGGUCUCUUGUAAAGUAAUCGAUUGCAAACACAACAUAUAUAACAGGGACCUUUUCGUAUUUUAGUUUUAUACUGUUCAAUGGAAAAAUCUAUACCCCGAUCUGCCUGCUUUCUUUCCUCCUUGUAACUAAAUGUUUCUUUUUAAGAGGUUCCAUCUCACAAUACUCAAAUGAUCUAUACCUGUGUAAACACUGUACGCAUUUCGGGCAAUUCUGUUAACAUUAACAUAGAUUGUCUUGCAAGAAAUGACUAGAAUAUAAUUGGUUACCAAGAGUCAUUAUUUGAAUCAUAUCAUGGACUGAGGUAAUCCUUCUUAUUUUACUGUAAAUUAAAGCGCACAAACUCAUUGCAACACAUUGUUGUCUCGCAUUUCCCCCAAAUACUACAACGUUUCCUUGACAGUAUGGAGCAUGAAUCGUUUUUGUAGCAUCUACAUAACCUGAAGGUUCUGGAUUCUUCUCGAUAUCAGUAGAAAGCUUAAAUUGGCCAAAAUUCACCUGGUGAAUCAAACUCUUGUAAGCACUAUAAAAUGGAUACUUGCAUGCACAGAGGGACAAAUACUUACUUAAAACCAUAUUGUGAUACCUCACCCCACCUAGAUAGCCUCUUCUUUUAUGCUUGGACGACAGAUAAACCUUCCCUUAUUUUCGAACUAAUUUUGGACUUGCCCUUAGUAAAAACCUCACACUCUUACGGUUACUUCUGUACCGGUGUAAGUAUAAACCAUUUCUCUUUUUAACGUAACAAUGAAUUUUAGACGACAAUAGUGUAUUUUUCAGAAUUCCCUUCCAUACAAAAAGUCUCGCUUUCCGUGUUUUCUUUAACAAAGAUUUUAAUUUCUUCAUCGGUAGUCUGCUAGGUGCACGACCGCGUCGAGAAAAAUGACUAACCCUAUUUAAACCAACUGGAUUGUAAGGUCUGUUAUAAAUAAAUUUCCCACGACAAGAUCUCAAUUCAGCUUCUUUUAUUUCCUCCACAAAACAAUUUUCCUUCUGCACAAUUGACUCAUUACCUUUUCUUGUCAUCACCUUACUGACAUCAAAACACUCUCUGCCUCGUAAUAAUACAAAACUUGCUGAUAAUGCAAAAUCCCGACGCCGAGCAUCGUACAUGUACCGCGUCACUUGAAAAACACAACGCGCAAUACAAAAACAAGUACAUCAACAGUCACUCUGCUAAACAAAAUUGAAAGAAUAAGAAGAAUUGUUACCGCUAUCACAGUAGUUCCCAAACAAGCCUGAGUCCGUAUUGGUUUACCCUGCGAACAGAGUCUCCUUCGAUCUUCCCGACUUAUCUAGGAAAGAUCGAAGCGACGCUGCUAGCAGGGUAGUAUUGGUUUCAAUUGUUGACAAUCUUCUCUUCCUUCAUCGGAAGAGAUUUUUUUCCCAGGCAACUCCUUGUGUUCCGCACUGUGAAAAUCAAAAUUACUAUUGUCACACUGAUUACCAGCUACACUAAUCUUGCGACUCUCAAACUUGAUACACAUUCUUCUGUUCAAACUCUUAUCGAUUUUACUCGUACACUCCUGACAUUCCGAUUUGUCACUGCGCUUAUGAAGUCCAUGGUCUUUGAAUGUCUUGACAAUUUCCUUUGAGUUCGCGGACCAGCCAUUAUGAAAACACUUAGUGUUGUUUUAGUGCGGGCCUACUGCGAACAGUGUAUGCAUUUGUAAGUUUAACCCUCGAUAACAUAGUUCAACAAUACGUUCCUCAAAACACCGUCGCCAAAUUUUAUCCAGACUCCUUGUUACUGCUGCUUUGAAAAAUUUCGGAUCAAAUGAUAUUAGUGGAUUACUGCCAUCCUUGAAGCGCGACGAAUUCUGCGCGUAGUUUCACAUUUCAACCUGUCAGUUUUGGCCAAUGAAACGUUGUCGGUUAGUCUCUGUCGUGAAAUUGACAACGUUUUUGGCGCCGAACGAACAUGUUUUGAUCACGUACUGUCUAAGUUUUCAGGUUUUUCGUGGGAGCGUAUUCUAAUUUUAAAGUCUGCAUGUGUCAAUAUGGUGAUUCAAAUUCAAGUUCAAAUUGGAGAAGAGUCUACAUUUUGCGUGGGAUUCCGAAGACACCUUUUAUGGAUUUUGGUUUACUUUAUGAAAACAAUAAAGGAGAAUAUGUAGUGUUGAUUAACGUUCGCAUGGCAGACAUUACCCUCGCUUCGCUUGUUUACUUCCUUGUUUACACGUUCGCACGUGUUGCGUGCCUAUUGCACUUUUGCUUCAGAACAAGCCGUUUCAAUUACUCUAUUUGGGCCACACCCAAAUAAUAAAAACUUUAAUUUGUAAUCAAUUUUCUGGUUUAUGAAAUCUUACCCACUUUUACUGACAGUUCAUAGCCACUGGCAUUGGCAAAAUAAAAUUUCUUGUGUUCUUAAAAAGGAUUUGAUAGAAUUGAAAUAUCCACUACGAUCCACACUUAAAAACUGAACUGUGACUGAACUGAACUGUUUCAGUGCGAUCAGGCUUAAGAAAUAGUGAUCUCCAUCAACAUUCUCUAUGAAGAUUACACUUUCACACAAUUAGUAGUUAUUGAGAAUUUAUAAAAUGAUCGAGUGAUCAGUGUCGACCUUAACACAUUUUUGUGCUAAAAUGAUAAUAGGUAUCCAUUAGAAGAUGAUACAAAGGAACCCAAAAUAGACUUACCCCGCGUCGGCUGAUGUUUAGAAAAUUGAGAAGGACUGAAGAGCAUCACCGUACAGCUGUAUCCAGUCAGCGACCCUCAAUAAAAAUCAUUUAAGCUUCAUAAUCAACAACGACGUGAAUGCCCGAGUUUCUGACUCGACGGUCAUCUCCCACCGUCAGGAAAUCAUACGAUAUUGCUUCUGGAACGAAUCCCUCAUUUUAAUUCCCCCAAUUCAGUAAUCCACGAGCAAGUACCUUUUCGAGAUCUUCUCCGCACGACGAAACGCUUUCUCGGACUUCUCUGACCGCUUCCCGCUAUGUUUUCUAGUAGUUGAAGGGAAGCGCUUUAAACCCGCUUUCGUCUGCAUUCCAUCGGCGUAUUAAAGGCUCGGGUUAAAGGUUGUGGAAAAGAUGAGUCGUUUUUCAACAGAUGGCAAAAGUAAAUAGAAAUUAUUUCUAUUUACUUUUGUCAGUUCUUUGAAAACUGAAGAAGUAUGCGCAUUUGGAAAGAGAUAGAAUUAUAUAAGAGUGGAGAAAAAAGUAGAGCAUUUCUAGCUAAUAAUUUGCACUGUUUGAAAUAGGGACUAGCUGGUGCAUCCCACGUUGAGAUUUAUGUAACUGGCUCCCAAAAGUCAAAAUCAGGUGACUGCUACCGCAGAGAUGCCAAUCUAUUCGGAAUUAUAUAUAGGAAAAACCCCUAGUUUAAAGCCAAAACUAGAAUAAGCCAAUGAAAUGGCAAGUCGUUCUGUAAACAUGUACUUCUGGGACUUUUCCCUGGCCAUAAAAUAUAUUCGGAAUUAUGAGUAGGAGAAACUCCUAGUUUAAAGCCAAAGCUAGAAUAAGCAAAUCAAAUCGCAAGUCGUUCGGUAAACAUUUACUUGGGACUUUUCGGCCUAGCGGUAUGAUUGUUUCCACGAAGGAAGUUUAUUCCUACAAAACACCUGCGUCAUUCGGGUCCAUUCCCAGUUCAGUGAACAUGAAUGACGUGUCUUUUUCUAAACUGAACGUGGGAAUGUGACGUCAGGUCUAAAAUUCUAAAUCUCGCCAUUCAUCGUCAAUUAAUUCAUUUCCAAACUACUUUAAUGAUAACAGUUUUUUGAAAAAAUCAUAAACGAUGGCUUUUUUUAAAUCAUGCACAGAUGGCUUUUAAUAAACACUAAAAAUAAAUACCCCCGACUCUAAAAAUACUCAAAACUGCCCAUCCUUUUCUUGCGGUCUCCAUUAUGUAAGCCGGUCCUUCACUAGGUGACCAAUGCUAAACAACGCCGGGAGUAGCUCUGAAAAUUUAACCUGAUGUUCUGAACUGGACUGUAUCUUUACCGUAGUUGAUUUACUUUUGACUAAUAUCAACCAAAAACUAUAUUCCUCUGAUACAAUAUCAAUGAUUUGGCAAAGACUGCCUUCUUAUCUAUAAUCCAUUUUACAAGUGCGCCAGGAUUAAAGAUCGUUUUUUCAUGCAAAUGUCAACAGAAAGAAUGAUCUAGCGGGUGAAAGGUUCAUUACUUCACGAUUGGAAACAUGUCAAAAUGUCGAGACUUCACGGUUCUAUGACUCGUACAGAAAAUUGACCAUUGAUUAGAGCUAACAAGCAGCAUAACUUUCAUUUGACUGCUGGUAGCGUCAAAGAGAGCAGUACCUCGCAAUUUCCGUGGUAAGUACGCUGCUUCUUUUUCAGUUACAUAAUCAAUUACUGACAUUACUUCUAUUUCCUAAAGUGUAUCUCAGUAUUCGUGGCUGAAGCAGCAGUCGGUUAAUUAUGAUUAGGCUAGUGCUCUGAGCUCGUCUUCCACAUAGCCAUAGGAUAAGUUCGAGUUUUCGGUCGCAGAAGAUCAUGUGUAAGUUGCGUUUGCGUUUGCUGAUGAUUCUCGUCCCUGCAAGCGAUUGUCUACAGCAUAAGUUUGUGGCUAACUGCUUGAACGGCAGAGAUCUUAAUGUGAGAACAGUUGAGGUUCAACUUGAUUCUGUAGCCGAUACUAAGACUAGGCAUAAAGAUAGACAACUGUUUUUAAACAACGGUAUCUAAUAGGAAAGCGAGUUGGGCUCUUGAAAAGAACAGCCUUGAAAUUUCUGUGACUGAAAGCUGAGAACUUUAUUUUACAACUCACUUAUCCAAACUAAUACUUGACUACGUAGGUUAUUGUCUGGGGGACAUGAAGCAAACAAGCCGCACGUCCAAGACGUAAUCAAUUUACAGAAACGAUGCGCCAGAGUAAUCCUAGACAAAAAAGGAGACACCCCCUCGGGGCCUUUAUUUAGAGACCUUAACGUCAUAUCAUGAUUUGAUAAAAGACAAGAACGCGCUUACAGCGCGGCAUUCAGUCUUCCUUGUUUGGAGAUUAGAUCGAGAAAUGAGGAGACGAUUAAUUCUACACGACACAGGAUUUACUCGCUAAAGGUUUUUUUACUUCCUAGUUUAUUGACGUCGAUACUUUAAAUUUGUUUCUGAAUUGAUUUAGUACGCGUGCUAGCGACGACCGGAAAUACGUUUGCGGUCGCAAGGUAUACGCGUGUAUGAAUACACGAAAAUUCAAAGGCCUCGAUUCCAGAGAAAUAACAUUAUUGCCAGAGAUCAAAAAAGUGAUUUACAUGGCACGUCAUUUCAAUCAUCGCCGAAAUUAAACCGCAUGCUCAUCACAAGACCCAUUUGUAUCCAAUGAAAGUUUACAACACCCAAUUGUCGCAGUUUUGCUAAUUAAGAUUCUUAUUUUUUUUUCGACCACUCAGUAGUGUUCACUUGUUCCAAAGUAAUCAACGCUUUUCAAGCGAUAGAAUUAGUGGACCGAUACGUUUCGGAAAAGCUCUAAAUUUAAUCUUUCCUAAUCUUUCUUCGCAAAAGAUGCGUGGCAACGAUUCUUAGUCCCAGUUUCAACGGUCUCCGCAAGGAAAGCCUGGCACAAUGACCCCCCAUUUGUGAACAGAAUACGAAGAAAAACGCGUUACAGAUUAUGAGUCUUGCUGUCGGUCGGGGUUAAGAACUGGAUGGGUGACCAACCGCGAAUAUCGUCGUAAAGGUCCAUACGUUGUUCUUUCUUUUCUUCUCCUUCUUUUUUGCGUAUUGUGUGGUGUUAUUGUUAACAGUGUAUUGAGAAGCAGAUUUAGCAUUAUUUCGGCGUCCGGAUUUAGAAAAAGGCAAAAACAAAGAACAAAUAUGGCAGUGCAGUUCGCCUGAAAAUUAUUAUACUUCGGGCCGUAAAACUGAACUGAAGCUUUGCGGACGUUGAUCUAUACAUCGGCGGGGAAACCGGCAAACUAAGAAAUCUGGGUUUUCCACAGUGUAAAACGAUCAUUAAUAAUGCAUCUGAUUCCAAUCUCCUGUUCCUCUGUCUCUUGUUGGUGGCGUUGCCUUCGCUGUGCUGGGCGAUGUUCUCUCUGCUCCGCGGUUUCUUGUUGACGUCUUCUCCUUCGUUUUUCACGGUAAAUUUGAAGUCGGCGUUCUCGUUCCAGAGGAGUUUCGGUGGAAAAUGUUCCUGGGCGAGGUUUUGCACCUGCUGUGCUUGUGUUUCAUUUGCAUGGGAAAUUGUUCGUGAUUCGACGUAAACUUUGUUUCACAGACGAUGAAUAAACACAUCAAAACCUUGGUCAUCGGCGGCAAAGUCUAUGUUGCCUGGAAACGCAAAAUGCUCCAUGACGUCAUUGGCGGACACCAAGAAUAUAUAUUCAUGAAAAGAUUUAUGGCGCAUCGAAUUUUGCAGCUGGCUAAGACCAAGCUAAGACCACGCGCGGUUAGCAGACUACUCGCGCUUCGCGCACGACGAGAUUAUAAAGUCGCUACGCUCGGCGCUCGGAAUAAAAAGAACCGGUAUCUCAGUCCAGAGCUUUUCCAUUUUUGGAAAUGUUUUGAUCCGCGAACCACAACAAGCAAUUACCAGAUCACGGAGCAAAUUUAGAGUCACAUGAUGCGAGGCUUGUUUUUAUGAACUUUCUGUAUGACAAGAGUAGUCUUGCCUGCGCCGCGGACGCUCUAAACCUUCUGUAUACAGCUAUUUCGAGAAAGGUUGUCGGAAAAAAGUACACGCAGUAUUCCAGAAAGGUAAUAUGGGAUAUGACCCAUACACUGUUUCUGACAUUGUAGCUGUCCAACCUACUUUUGCUGCUUCGCUUUAGCGCUUGGAAACAUAGUCCAUCGCCUCUCGUGCCAUCCUUUCAAAAUUUCUAAGAAGAACAGUGAUCUCAAAACCACCCACAAUACCUUUCGGGAUUGUCGCGUGCACUUUUUCCGACAACCUUUUUCGAAAUAACUGUAGAGCGUCUGCAAAUUUGUGCGCAAUAUCGUGUUUUAAUCCCACACAAACGCAAGGACAUAUGUCUGCGUUUUUGAUUGGCUAGUUUCUAAGGGCUAAGCUGCUCUGUUGCAUCAGGAAGGCAGAACUGUUUUACUUCGUGCUGGACGAGGACUCAAACUGAACAGCUCAUUUUUAUUUCCCUCUGAGACACAUGGAGAAUAAAUUUCUUACAAAUCCAAAGCCUAAAUUGGCUAAGCUGCGCUGUUGCAUCAGAAAGGCCAAAUUGUUUUUCUUAACGCUGAACAGAGAUUCAAACAAUAUCGGAAAGCGCAUUUUAAGUUCUCUCUGAGACAUCUGGAGAAUUAAAAUUCUCACAGAGCCACAGCCUAAAAAGGCUAAGCUGCUCUUUUGCAACAGGUAGGCUAAACUGUUUUUCUUAAUGCUGGACAGAGAUUCAAUUAAUAUCUGAAAGCGCAUUUUUAGUUCUCUCUGAGACACCUGGAGAAUAAAAUUCUCACAGAGCCACAGCCUUAAAAGGCUAAGCUACUCUGUUGCAUUAGGAAGGCCAAGCAUGCUAAACAGGGGUUUAAUCAGUAUCUGAACGCUCCUUUUUAGUUCCCUCUGAAACAACUCGAGAAUACAAUUCUCACAGAGCCACAGCCUAAAAAGCAGGCUAAGCUACUCUGUUGCAUUAGCCGGAAGGCCAAACUGUAUUACUUAAUGCUGGACAUGCACUAUCAUCAAUGUUUCCUUUAGGAAUAGUUUAGUUUGUAAAAUUAACGGCUGGUCAUCACCAUCUUCUCUCGACAACACUAAUAAAAUACAGUCAAGGAAGUUCUUAACAAUUAUAGGCAUCUCCUAUUGAUCACAAGUUAUGAAUAACUUCAAGUACCUUUAAAUCAUGGCAUAAGAAAAAAAAAUCGAUUUCAAUUAAAGCACAAAUUUUCAUUAGUAAGCUUUAAAAAAAAAAAAAUACAGACAUUUCAAUUUGGGAUUCGAGUCACUGCAAUAACACAAACAAGACAGUCUAAACAUCAAACUUAAAACUCACAACCACCUGAGUUUGACCAAAGGUCAAAAGUACACUGAUUACUUUGUUUACUAAACAUGUCUGAUUCAUGUGUUUAUUAAACUCCUUAUACCCUUAAAACAAUUAACUUCACAGAUUUAAUGAGUGUAAAAUUAAAUAAAAGCUUUAAUUUGUAAUCAGCUUUCUGGUUUAUGAAAUUUUACCCACUUUUACCGACAGUUGAUAGCCACUGGCUUGGGCAAAAUAACAUUUCCUGUUUUCUUAAAAGGGAUUUGAUAGAAUUGAAAAUAUCCACUACGAUCCACACUUAAAAACUGAACUGUGACUGAACUGAACUGUUUCAGUGCGAUCAGGCUUAAGAAAUAGUGAUCUCCAUCAACAUUCUCUAUGAAAAUUACACUUUCACACAAUUAGUAGUUAUUGAGAAUUUAUAAAAUGAUCGAGUGAUCAGUGUCGACCUUAACACAUUUUUGUGCUAAAAUGAUAAUAGGUAUCCAUUAGAAGAUGAUACAAAGGAACCCAAAAUAGACUUACCCCGCGUCGGCUGAUGUUUAGAAAAUUGAGAAGGACUGAAGAGCAUCACCGUACAACUGUAUUCAGUUAGCGACCCUCAAUAAAAAUCAUUUAAGCUUCAUAAUCAACAACGACGUGAAUGCCCGAGUUUCUGACUCGACGCUUAUCUCACACCGUCAGGAAAUCAUACGAUAUUGCUUCUCGAACCAAUCCCUCAUUUCAAUUUCCCCAAUAGACCUUGUAACGAUUGCCGGUUGUUGCAAGUUGCGCGAAUACUGACUUCUGAUUGGUUAAAAUUACACCGGAGUCAUGCCAUAAACAACAUUUUCGUCACUUGCUGCAAAACUAUAGUUUGCCUUGGGCCGGUAAAACGCCCAACAUGUGCAGAUUUUGCUGCUAAAAAUAGGACUUCUCUUUACUUUUCUUAUUUUCUCUUUGCAAAAAGGUUUCACAAUCUGCAACAAUCUGAUUUGUUGCAAGACAGGUUUGAUUCGUGGGAGGUAAAACGCGAAAAAUCGCGAUUCAACUCAAAUUGCAGCGAUGUUGCAAAACAAGUUGCACGUUUUUGUUAACCGUUUUACUGUACCUUUACCGACACCUGUUACAGUUCAAAAAUGGUUAGUAAGUUGAACUGGUAUUUGUUUUGUGGCUGCAGGAGACAUGGCAGAAAAUGGAGACGCAGCGUGUUUCUAUCCCCAGGAAGCCCUUGACCUCAACUUGAACAAUACUUCCAAAGAGAGAAUCCAGAAGGUUUACAAAGUAUGGUCUGUGUGCUAUGAUAAGGUACUGUUUUGGGGCGUAAAUACGCAUUCAAUUAGUCGAGACGUUUGCGAACUUAGGCAGGGUGUAAUAACUGAAGACUGGCCGGGUGUCAAAGAGCACUAUACUUUCCCAUCGCCCACUAUACUGUAGUUUCAGAUUAGUCCAACUUUUUUCGGGAACUAUAUCUACUGCAGGGGUUUUAGGCCGAAGAAGGGAAGGGACAUAUGGAAACUAGACAUGAUGGGCCAGCACCCGAAGGACCCCCAAAGGUGAUCAAAAUGGGAUUGGGUACGCUCAGGGUCAUAGGCUCUCGGUACGCUAAAAAAGUUUUUUCCGUCGUGUAUAAGUUGUUUCACUCAUCUUGACUGCAGCAAUAAUAUUGCGACCGGCACAGGAAUCCUGGGCCUAGUCAAUUUCCUUGUUAACUGCUUAGUCUAAAAAAGUGAACGACGUUUCGGCGCUACGUUACGCCAUUAUCAAGUUGAAAAGUGAAAAAGUAUAAGGUGUAAAACGAAUAUAUAAAAUUUGAAACAAUACAUAAAAUAUUUGCGGGUCCAAUGGGUGUAAUUCCCAAGGUAAGGGCCUUUUUACAUGGAGGUGGGGGACCCCAGGUAGGUGAGGUAACAUGUGGCGGGUAACCCCACCUAUCAUGUAAACGUGAUCAAAUUAAAAUGAGAGUUUAUAUGGACAGGCUGGUUACCCCACCUAAGCGGGUUACCUCACCUACCUGGGGUCCCCCAUCUCCAUGUAAACAGGCCCUAAGAAACACAAUAAGGGAAAAAAAAUGUAUUUACAUUCGGCGGAGCUAAACGUAGUGGCAGUGACAGAGAAUGUAAAUACUUUCCUAUUGGUAUGAACGCACGUGAGCCGCUAUGGCGUUAAUUGACUCUAUUGUUGUAAGGUAUAUAAGGUUUUGACAGUUGUAAUGUAUUCAUCUCAGCUCUCGAACUAUCAAAUUUUAUUUUUAUACCUUACUUUAUCCAUCUAUCGAUUGAUUUUUUACCUUUAACCCCCAGAGGUUGUGCGACCGCAUCGGUUGGGGAAUACGUUCCCAAUUUUUUCCCAUUGGGUUUUUUGGGUUUUCGUAUCAGGCGGCGCACGUGAAUAGUUUAGCCUGAGUGACUUUAUUUAGGAAUAUUUGUUUACCAUUCUUUAGUUAUGAUGUUGAACUUUGUAUGUUAUUUGGACGGCAUUAAACACUCAGGCUCCAUAGUUCGAGCUGCACACCCAUUCCCGUCUCUUAGUCGUGAAUAUAAAUAGGAAUGUACGAAAGUUUCACGUAACUCGUUUGGCGCGAAUGGAGGCGGCUUGCGUGUUAAGAAAAGGCUUUAUGUCCUUUAUGUAUAACAUCUCGUAGACUAAGCAAUCAAACUUGCUGUUACAUUUCCUUAGAACUUUGAAGAGAUGGUCAGUUUGUGUUCUGUUGUUGCUAUGCUGUGUUUUAAGGUGUUUCCCGAUGGCUGAAUAACGGUCUUCACUUAUACGUUGGUGUAAGUGUCGGGUAGCGUACCCGACAUAAUUUGCAUCGCACAAAUCACAUUGAAAUAAGUAUACAACGCAUUGAGUUUUGACGAUCGGGGGCUUGUUUUCCUUGACACUCAGGGUUUGUGACAGUUUUCUGCUUGUAGAGACGGGUUUUACGUUAACAUCGAUCUUGGCUCCUAGGGAAUAGAUAUAUCUUUGCGUACGCGAUCAGCUGAUCGCUGAUCUUUAAAGGGCAAUACUAUGUAAACAGAUGGGUCUGCUGAAGGUACGGUGUGUAUUUCUUUAUCUGGUUCCUGGCUGAACUUAUUUAUAGUGGAAUCGACCAAAGUUUUCGAAUAGCGCAGCUUUGGAAACAUGGUGCGUAACUUGUUGUAUUCUUUUGCAAAACCCUCUUUGGUGGAAGAUAGACGGUACACUAGGCCCUUCUUGUAUCUGCUGUCGACGUGGCUUUGGAAAUGGAGUAGCAGUCCUGUGUCGGUUGGUUUUCUGUAGACUUCUGUUGUUAGAGUGCCACCACAUCUUGUCAAAACUGUACCGAGGAACGGAAAAGAGUCGUCAUGUUCAAGUUCCAUAGUGAAAGACAAGCUAGGGUGCACACUGUUGAGUACUUUUUUUUUUUCUGUUAUUGUGUUUCUUACCUUUGGGGGUUAUACCCAUUGGACCCGCAAAUAUUUUAUGUAUUGUUUCAAAUUUUAUAUAUUCGUUUUACACCUUAUACUUUUUCACUUUUCAACUUGAUAAUGGCGUAACGUAGCACCGAAACGUCGUUCACUUUCUUAAAUGUUUUUAAAUGUAUUUUAAAAAUCUUUUAGCGUUUAACUUUUUGAUCCAAUCAUUUUCGAAAUCUCUCCUGUAACUGCUUAGUCAUGAUAGAUAAUCCGGUUAGUUGGCUGUGACAGGUCUACACUGAGCUGCGCCGUGAAGCAGUGGUCUAAAAAUUUUGAAAAGUGUGAUAAUGAUCAUACUCUAUUGACGCUGAGUGUAUAAUUUGUUACUAUUCCAAGAAAUGGAUAUGUUGUCAUUUGAAUUUGUAAUAUACAGAUUUAGCCAGGGCUAAAAGCGAAGCCUCCGUUUCUAUACUUAUGAUAAAAGCAAUCAAAUUGAAACUUAUAACAUGAACUCUAAGCCAAAAAAAGAAAUCUUCGCAUCCCUAUUAAUUAAACUGUAGGAGCCUUCGGCAUCAGGGCUAAAUGAUUAACAAAAAAAAUCCCGCAAACCAACCUGAAUUGAGAAAUUGUGGAAUUGUAGGUCUCUUCAGAAGCAGCAAUUUACAGGUUACGAUUUCUAGGGACAGUAUUUCUGUAUUUAAGGGAAGACCUAUAAAAGGAAAAUCAGGCCGACUUAGGGCCGACUUCUGUAUUCCCGUAAGCCCAUUAUAUUUUCUUUCCUUUUUUUUGUCAUUUUUUUAAACGGGCCCGGACGAAUAGUCUGGAAUAGUUAUGUAUAGCCUUUACAUUUAUACCUCACAAUAUCUGAUAGAAACGUUUACCGUAAGGAGUAUAUUUUCUUUGAAGACAGACAUAGGAAAGCAAACAAUAACCUUUUUCGCUACAUAUAACUGUAAUUAGCCUAAUCAAACUGUGCGCCGGUACGUAUUCAGGCAUGGAUAAAUGCUUCAGGUGUUGUGCAGUGCAUUGCUGAGAAACGUGCGAUAGACUUAAAAUUACACUACAAAUUAUAAACGUUAAUACAGCAAUUUGCACAUUUUUAUAAAAAAAUAAAUACAAGCGUAACUCGGGCUCGAAAAGCCGACGAGUCUGUCGUUAGAAUAGAGGAGAACUCUUUCAUAUUUAGAUAAGCCACUUUUUCAGCCGUAAACAAACAACUAACUGAAAACAAACGCAAUAAACUUCAUUCAAGCGGUAUUCAGGGAACGAGUUAUGGAAAAAGAGCAGCACACUGCAAAAUUCUUCAAUGGCAAGUAAUGAAUAAGAAAAUGAAUAGCAAUUCAAUGAAACAUGUACAAAAACAACACUUCAUUUUUAAUUAAGAAAGGGGAGAAGCCCGUCUGAAGUGUUUCUAAAAAUCUCACGAUCUGUAGUCUCACGAUCGUGUUUUGAGCUAAUGUUAUGAAUGAACAAUGACAGGUAAAUAACUUAAUUUCUUGAAAAUUUUUUAUUCAAAAACCGAUAAGUUAAUCUUAAGAAGCAAUUCGCGUAACACUAACUGGAUCGUGGAUCCGUUCACGCAAGUUGACCAAGUUAAAUCGGCUGAGCACAUGGCAAAAAAUCAUUAUAACAUAGCGCGCGUGCUUGCCCGAUAUAAGUCCCAUUCAUUCUCGUCUCCAGAGCCACUGGGCGUAUUGAGCCGCUAUGAACAAAAUCUUUAUUUAUGCACGCCCGUGCGUAUAAUAUAGGACUAUUGUACGAUGACGUCAUUUUACUACAACUACCAGAAUCCUUGAGUUUGUUGUUUUCUUGCACAAAUUAAGGAACCGAAAUGAAUUCUGGUAGUUGUAGUCAAAUAUUGUCCUAUUGGUCAUUAACAACAUUUAAAGGUAAAAUUUCCUUUUUAUUUUUGAUUUUAAAUUUGUUACGCACUUUUGUUAUCGCCGAACAAUCCGACUAAAUCAGGAAAAUUUAUCUUGCAAUAACAAGACAAAUUACAGCCAAUGUUCGUAAAUGAAUAUAAAGUAGGAUGACAGUCGUCUUCGCUAAAAAACAAGUUUUCUGGAUUUCGCCGAGCAAAACGUGAACAUCUUCUCAGCGUCAUUUACAGUAACAAUACCCUUUUAACGGCAGGAUGUUGUAAAUCAGAAUUUAGAUAUCUGAAACACUGAUAUCGUCUUCUUUGUCCCGGUCUUGUGAAACCAAUACUCGGACAUAUAGUUUCGGCAGAAGCUGGUAUAUGGCGCUUUUCCAUACUCCGCGAAAACACAAUUCUUGCUCGGGUUUUAUUUUUAUUCCAGGAAAGAACUUGAGAGCGCCCUCUAGAGCCUUUUUGAAUUCCUCUCUGCGUCUCUGUCCAUAAAACUAUCACAUACCGGUAACAUGAAAUCAAAACAUCUAUGAAAAAUUUCAAUGGCUUCUCCUUGCCGAUCGCUCUUGCGGUCGGUGACGUCAGGGGGUAUUGUGUGUUAUCCAAUCACUGCCACAUCCAGAUUUUGGAUGUGUCACACGAUUUACUGAAUGGUUUUGUGUCAGGCCUUCCUUUCUCUUCUCCCCCUCCUCCCUCCCCCAUCUAAAUUCUCCUCUCCCCUAGCCCCUUAGGAAGACCUGAUACUCAGGUUAGGGUAGGGGUAGGUAGAAACAAAUUCCUCCCCUCUCCCCUAGAGAAAUUUGUCCCCUAUUGUUUCAAAAUGCUUUAGAAAUGACUGACAAGUCAGAAUCUGUCAAUUGAGCAAAUGUUUGGUGGAUUUUGAGCUACGCUCGCGCGCGCUUCACGCGCGCGGAGGCUCCGCUAUGAUCGUCUGGGUUAAAGCAGUAUAACUCCAUGCAUGUGUUGUGUUUUUGUUCUAGGUCUGUUUCAAGCCGUAUGAUAUGUAUUUUUUUACUUCCCAAACCCGUACCCCUCCCCAAAAAAUGAACAAGAUCUUUCCUUGAAUAGCAAACUCUAGUUAAAGACUCUUUUUCUAGGAUUCCUGAGGUUUUCUGCUCAGGGGAGCAUGAACUUAAAAACAAAUUUAACUAAAGUAGAUUUGCUUGUCUUGAGUAUGUCUUCUAUUCCAGAGGGAGCCCACGGCAAAACUUUCUUUUUUGGCCUUUUCACAUUCUCCCAAGACAUCUGUUACACUUUGCAUUUGUAGGUCAAGACGUAGAUGUUACUCAGUUCGAAAUUGUUGCUGGGGUACUACAUACAUUUUUUUUUUCGCUUCACUGAAUAUCAUACCGUAAAUCCUGUACUGUGGGCUUAUUUUUUUCAAGCACAUAUAGCUCAUAUGUCAGUGGUGUGAGCGUAUGUAUCUUUGUGGCUUUGUCUGUAAGGAUGUGUGUUGCAGGGGCCAAUGAGGUAGGAGGUACUAUGAGGUACUAUGGUAAGAACCAACAGGGACACCCAACGAGGAUAUAGUUCAAAACCACUUAAAAUAGCAUUGUUGAGCGUAUUUUAGUAUUCAAACGGUAGAUAUAGGCAUAUUUUUAUCCCCUAAAAACUUUUCAUGUUUUCGGAUUUCCUAGCUGAAAGUCUAGUGAUCCGAAAAUUAUAGGGAUAAAAACUUAUCUUCUAGAAAAUUUUAGCCAGGAAAAGGCUCCCGAAAAUUCUAGGUGACCUUUUUUAGGGUCAAAAUCCGUUAAAAAUGGGUAAUUAUACCAUCUUGUAGAUGUUCGAAAAUCCUAGGAGAGGCAGGCAAGCAAGAAAUUUUACAACAAAUGCUCCGAAAAUUCUAGAUCUCAAAUCGUGUUCCUAACAGAUAUUUUCCCGAAAACUGCCGUUGGGUGCUCCUGAACCAAUGAGAUUUUGACAUCUAAACAUGACAUUGCUUCACUAAAAGUCAAGCAAGGGCAUUUUGAGACCACCAUUUUUGUUGUUCACAAUUUUGUCGUGUUUUAAUACGGCUAAAGGUAUUUAGAAGCAUAAGAUUGAAAUAUCUUCAUUAUUCAAACGGCGAGUACAGUGAUGCAGCUGUUUAUGGUUGAUAUUUCAAUGUGGCUGCUGGUUUAAGACAUUUAUGACCUAAUUUGGCUAUCGCGAACGGUACAAUGUACGUGAAGUAUGUUUCACCUGCUUCAAAGUGAAGUACAGAAAAUCAUAGUUUUCAAAGGUCCAAAAAUGAAACGUUAACAGGGGCGUAGCUAGGGGGGGGGGGUCCUGGGGUGCCCGUGAUCCCCCCUUGGUAGGCCUUCUUUUGAGCAAACAACCUACAAUAUUCAGGUGGCGAAAACGCCAUGACGAUAUCUUGGCCGUAAAACCCAUUGUUGAAAAGCCCACCUUUUUAAAAUUUGUUUUUUGUAAAGUAUUUUCAUCAACGGCUCUUGUCUUUAGUUAAUAUGGGCCUUCAUGCCGCGAUAAUACGACUGAGCCCGCUGAUACACGAGGGAGAGCAGCGGGUGAGUAGCCUCUGUGACCCCCUCUUUGAAAAAUUCUGGCUACGCCCCUGGUUAACAAUUGGUAUUUAGUUGUUGACUUUAACUUGGAAGUAUGCGUAAUAGUCUUUUUAGAAGCUUGAACAAGAGCUGAUUUUUUUAAAGCUGUACCGAGUAAGUAUAAUUCCGUAAACAUGCUUUAUUCUCUCUCGUGCAAAGUUAAACAGACCUUUAAAUUCGCGUUCCGGCAACUUAAGUGCAACCAUAUCUGAGACAUGUUUGCUGUCAUAAAAGCAAUUAAAACAUAGUACAGUGUAUUUAAUUUACCCAGUGGCUAAGUAAAGAUGCGUAACUUUUGCGUUAGCGAAUAAACUUGGAAGUAGCCAGUUAACAAAAUCAUUAGAAAUUGUUUCAUUGAGUGGAAUAACAUGAGAUGAGUAGAAAUCAGUAUUUCAGCAAACAAUGCUUGUGUUAGAUGUAAAGUAAUGAAUGAUGCAUAAUUUUAUUGUAGAUGUCAGAAAAAGAGGUAAUUUAUUAAAAUCGUUUGAGCAAAGUAAUCUCUUAAACAACAUGCGUUCUUUCACGUACAAAUUUUAAAAGGGCCAAAGUACGACAUCUUCACGUGCAAAUUGUGUGUAUGAGUUAUUUUUAUAAUGCUGUUUACUAGAUUACUGUGUGAUAAGUCGAAUUCCCUCACGUACGGACCACGAAAGGGGGCAAAGUCCAACACUUUCACUUGCCAGCAGUGUGACUGUACAUAUCAUAUUAGCUUUUCACGGUAAUAGUAACUCGAACGUAUGAAGACCUGUUUCGGUUUGCAACCAAUGCCUUGAAAAGGCUCUUGUCUUUUAAGAAGCAAUAACUUUUAAAACAUUAAGAAUUAAGUUGUCAGAGUUAAAGCACUACGAGCCUCAGCGCUCCGGAAGUUAAAAAAUUCGUACCGUCUGGUUGCUAUGAAGUGACGUAAUCAUCCCGUUGAGUAUCCAUCACCGUAACACUUUUGCGGUCAACUACCGCAGCGCUCGUAAAGUACUUUAAUUAAAACCGUGUUCAAAACCCUGUAGGAAGUCUGUUUAUUUUUGAGUCGAUUAAUGCACUGCUGACUUCCACGAGGUCAACUUUUGCAUAAAUUAUCAAACAUUAUGUUAAGCGGGAAAUCUACCUAUGGUUCGCGGGAGAAGCAACUUCUAUAGCGGCGCAAGACAAAUGUUUCGAGAGUCGAGGAUGUGCUCACAAACUAUUCACUAUGCGACGAAAGGAGAUAUCACUGGCAUGAUACCUGCAUGUAAUGGUAAUUUUUAUCAAUCCAGGUCGCGCCGUGUUCGCUCGAGAACGCUGUGACAGCUUCGUUUGGCGCGCUUCUCAAUACUUCCAAAACAUGUUGUAAUCGGUAAGUAGACUUAAGCACUUAGUAUCGCCAAGCCAUUCGAAUCAGUGUAUACCCAAUUCUUUGUCUGAAGAUUCGCGCAAACACAUAUACCAAGUACAUCUGGAUGGAAGAGGAAAUUGUCUCCCUAAACGCAGCCAGGUUAUAUUUUGAAGGAUGGCGGCACAAUUCAACGCGUCUUCCAGGUCAGCCCUAAUUUAUAGUUCGUAAGAGUAUAAAUUGCGAUCUCCCUAUUUUCGCUUAAGCUUUCUUUGAUAAAACUUCAGUAGAAACAAAACAACGCAGAUAUGACAUUCUCCUGCAUGAGACACAAUCGGCUGAAGGAAAUAUCUGUUUACAAGUCGGGUAAAUUAUCCAUUCUUGCGCACCGCAAAAUCAGCUAAAAUCAGUCGCUGGAAACCUGGCAUAUAAUUAAGCCUGAGCGCUUCUAAGAAUAACACGUUUAGAACUUCGACGGGUAGAAGAAAAAGGCAGUUGUUCUAUAUCCUUUCUGGUUCAUCCAGGUAGAAGUCGUGGGAUAUUAUUAUGCCUGAGCGCUUCUAGGAUAUAUAACACGUUUAGCAUUUCAACCCGUAGCCGUAAAAAACAAUUAGGUAGUUGUUCUAUAUCCUUUCUGGUUCACCCAGGUAGAAGUCCUGGCAUGAUAUCAUUAUGCCUGAGCGCUUCUAGGAUAUAUAACACGUUUAGCAUUUCGACCCGUAGCUUUAAAAAAAAAUUUAGGCAGUUGUUCUAUAUCCUUUCUGGUUCAUCCAGGUAGAAGUCCUGGCAUGAUAUCAUUAUGCCUGAUCGCUUCUAGGAUAUAUAACACGUUUAGCAUUUCGACCCGUAGCUUUAAAAAAAAAUUUAGGCAGUUGUUCUAUAUCCUUUCUGGUUCAUCCAGGUAGAAGUCCUGGCAUGAUAUCAUUAUGCCUGAGCGCUUCUAGGAUAUAUAACACGUUUAGCAUUUCAACCCGUAGCCGUAAAAAAAAAUUUAGGUAGUUGUUCUAUAUCCUUUCUGGUUCAUCCAGGUAGAAGUCCUGACAUGAUAUCAUUAUGCCUGAGCGCUUCUAGGAUAUAUAACACGUUUAGCAUUUCAACCCGUAGCCGUUAAAAAAAAUUUAGGUAGUUGUUCUAUAUCCUUUCUGGUUCAUCCAGGUAGAAGUCCUGGCAUAUUAUUAUGCCUGAGCGCUUCUAGGAUAUAUAACACGUUUAGCAUUUCAACCCGUAGCCGUAAAAAACAAUUAGGUAGUUGUUCUAUAUCCUUUCUGGUUCACCCAGGUAGAAGUCCUGGCAUGAUAUCAUUAUGCCUGAGCGCUUCUAGGAUAUAUAACACGUUUAGCAUCUCGACCCGUAGCCGUAAAAAAAAUUUAGGCAGUUGUUCUAUAUCCUUUCUGGUUCAUCCAGGUAGAAGUCCUGGCAUGAUAUCAUUAUGCCUGAGCGCUUCUAGGAUAUAUAACACGUUUAGCAUUUCAACCCGUAGCCGUAAAAAAAAAUUUAGGCAGUUGUUCUAUAUCCUUUCUGGUUCACCCAGGUAGAAGUCCUGGCAUGAUAUCAUUAUGCCUGAGCGCUACUAGGAUAUAUAACACGUUUAGCAUUUCAACCCGUAGCCGUAAAAAACAAUUAGGUAGUUGUUCUAUAUCCUUUCUGGUUCAUCCAGGUAGAAGUCCUGGCAUGAUAUCAUUAUGCCUGAGCGCUUCUAGGAUAUAUAACACGUUUAGCAUUUCGAUCCGUAGCCGUAAAAAACAAUUAGGUAGUUGUUCUAUAUCCUUUCUGUUUCAUCCAGGUAGAAGUCCUGGCAUGAUAUCAUUAUGCCUGAGCGCUUCUAGGAUAUAUAACACGUUUAGCAUUUCGAUCCGUAGCCGUAAAAAACAAUUAGGCAGUUGUUCUAUAUCCUUUCUGGUUCAUCCAGGUAGAAGUCCUGGCAUGAUAUCAUUAUGCCUGAGCGCUUCUAGGAUAUAUAACACGUUUAGCAUUUCGACCCGUAGCCGUAAAAAAAAAUUUAGGCAGUUGUUCUAUAUCCUUUCUGGUUCAUCCAGGUAGAAGUCCUGGCAUGAUAUCAUUAUGCCUGAGCGCUUCUAGGAUAUAUAACACGUUUAGCAUUUCAACCCGUAGCCGUAAAAAACAAUUAGGUAGUUGUUCUAUAUCCUUUCUGGUUCAUCCAGGUAGAAGUCCUGGCAUGAUAUCAUUAUGCCUGAGCGCUUCUAGGAUAUAUAACACGUUUAGCAUUUCGAUCCGUAGCCGUAAAAAACAAUUAGGUAGUUGUUCUAUAUCCUUUCUGUUUCAUCCAGGUAGAAGUCCUGGCAUGAUAUCAUUAUGCCUGAGCGCUUCUAGGAUAUAUAACACGUUUAGCAUUUCGAUCCGUAGCCGUAAAAAACAAUUAGGCAGUUGUUCUAUAUCCUUUCUGGUUCAUCCAGGUAGAAGUCCUGGCAUGAUAUCAUUAUGCCUGAGCGCUUCUAGGAUAUAUAACACGUUUAGCAUUUCGACCCGUAGCCGUAAAAAAAAUUUAGGCAGUUGUUCUAUAUCCUUUCUGGUUCAUCCAGGUAGAAGUCCUGGCAUGAUAUCAUUAUGCCUGAGCGCUUCUAGGAUAUAUAACACGUUUAGCAUUUCAACCCGUAGCCGUAAAAAAAAAUUAGGCAGUUGUUCUAUAUCCUUUCUGGUUCAUCCAGGUAGAAGUCCUGGCAUGAUAUCAUUAUGCCUGAGCGCUUCUAGGAUAUAUAACACGUUUAGCAUUUCGACCCGUAGCCGUAAAAAAAAAUUUAGGCAGUUGUUCUAUAUCCUUUCUGGUUCAUCCAGGUAGAAGUCCUGGCAUGAUAUCAUUAUGCCUGAGCGCUUCUAGGAUAUAUAACACGUUUAGCAUUUCGAUCCGUAGCCGUAAAAAACAAUUAGGCAGUUGUUCUAUAUCCUUUCUGGUUCAUCCAGGUAGAAGUCCUGGCAUGAUAUCAUUAUGCCUGAGCGCUUCUAGGAUAUAUAACACGUUUAGCAUUUCAACCCGUAGCCGUAAAAAACAAUUAGGUAGUUGUUCUAUAUCCUUUCUGGUUCAUCCAGGUAGAAGUCCUGGCAUGAUAUCAUUAUGCCUGAGCGCUUCUAGGAUAUAUAACACGUUUAGCAUUUCAACCCGUAGCCGUAAAAAAAAAUUUAGGCAGUUGUUCUAUAUCCUUUCUGGUUCAUCCAGGUAGAAGUCCUGGCAUGAUAUCAUUAUGCCUGAGCGCUUCUAGGAUAUAUAACACGUUUAGCAUUUCAACCCGUAGCCGUAAAAAAAAUUAGGCAGUUGUUCUAUAUCCUUUCUGGUUCAUCCAGGUAGAAGUCCUGGCAUGAUAUCAUUAUGCCUGAGCGCUUCUAGGAUAUAUAACACGUUUAGCAUUUCGACCCGUAGCCGUAAAAAAAAAUUUAGGCAGUUGUUCUAUAUCCUUUCUGGUUCAUCCAGGUAGAAGUCCUGGCAUGAUAUCAUUAUGCCUGAGCGCUUCUAGGAUAUAUAACACGUUUAGCAUUUCGACCCGUAGCCGUAAAAAAAAUUUAGGCAGUUGUUCUAUAUCCUUUCUGGUUCAUCCAGGUAGAAGUCCUGGCAUGAUAUCAUUAUGCCUGAGCGCUUCUAGGAUAUAUAACACGUUUAGCAUUUCGACCCGUAGCCGUAAAAAAAAUUUAGGCAGUUGUUCUAUAUCCUUUCUGGUUCAUCCAGGUAGAAGUCCUGGCAUGAUAUCAUUAUGCCUGAGCGCUUCUAGGAUAUAUAACACGUUUAGCAUUUCAACCCGUAGCCGUAAAAAAAAAUUUAGGCAGUUGUUCUAUAUCCUUUCUGGUUCAUCCAGGUAGAAGUCCUGGCAUGUUAUUAUUAUGCCUGAGCGCUUCUAGGAUAUAUAACACGUGUAACAUUUCAACCCGUAAACGUAAAAAAAAAAUAGGCAGUUGUUCUAUAUCCUUUCUGGUUCAUCCAGGUAGAAGUCCUGGCAUAUUAUUAUGCCUGAGCGCUUCUGGGAGAUAUAGUAGCAGUUUGACCCGUAGAAAAACCAAACUCAGCCGUUCAUUUUGUAGGAGAUAUUUAAGCGUUUUUGUCUGUGUUAGCAAUGUGAUCGACUUUAUACGCAGACCUUAAUAAUAUGUUUUUUUCUUUGACGGCACUGAAUAAUUUUAGCCGAAACUUGAGCCGUACAUUUGUUUAAUGCCGCGCUUUAAUUAAAUUUCUCGCCCUAGAAUGAUGACAUGAUGGCGCGAAAAUUGACGCCUCUAUCGUAUUAGAUGCGAAAUAUGAUCAGAGAUAAAUGGAAUAGUGAAUGUUACAAGCUUCUGAGUAUCCAGCUGAGAUAGGGGACUUUUAGUCCCCUAUCUCAGCUUGAUAAACAAAAUUUUUUUGGUUGCUAAGACGGUGCGGCUCGUUAUGCUGUUUCACUGAGUAGAAUCGCACGUGAAAACCUCGCGAAUUAUGAUGAUGCAACCAUCUACCACAGUGAUAAAAUAUCAUAAAAAUCCUGGUAUUGUGUAACUAUUGGGUAUUCGAUGAGUCACAUUUUCUUAAGAAACUCCGAGUAAACCUUAGAGUUUUCCUUCGAAUCAACGUUUGGUGAGUCGAUAUUUAUUUUACUUUAACAAUUUGUUUAACUUAUACCAGAUGUAUCAGGGAAAGACUGAGAAAAGUAGAUAUAUAUAGCAUGGGGAUCGACUCAGCUGAGCGUUUCGUGUUUUCAUUUAUGUACCUCAAUACCCAAUUUCGCACAAAAACCCAGUUUACAUUUAGGAUGAAAAAGGUAGAGUCAUCACUCUUGGUCCGGGUUACACUAAAGCAUUCAAAAUAGCUCAUGCACGUUAAACGUGCCUAUGUUAUUUUUAAAGAUUCUUAAUAUAUGUGCAUCUAUUACCGAUACUAUUAAUUCCAUUCGUUUAUUGUUCUAGGGACCCUUUUAGUACGAAAGUGUUCAAUCAGACAUGAAUGUCAGUGCGGAUUGAUAUGAGCUUCUUGAGAUUAACGGUUUUUAUCUUCAUGAGGAAACUUAUUUUAAGAUUUUCGCUCAUAGUUCCUCUCUUAUCUUUAGGGAGUAUUCUAUUCCUUUGUGGUGUGAGAACAUCAGUGUAAGCAGUUGGUCAAACAAUUUGUAUUUUGCUGCUUUCGCAAGAUUCAGUGAUGCAUAUAAGCUUUUUACCGAUGUAACCGUUGAUUUCUGAGUACGAAACUUGUCAGAUUUGUCUCUUGCAUCUUAACUGUUGCCAGUUGAUGUUGACUUGUGUUGUCUGCCGGUAUGAUGUCCUCAUCUUUGUCGAUUUCUGAAUGUGUUGUGAUCAUUUCCAUAGUCCAGUUUUGACAUAAACUUUGAUUCGUCUUAACGAUCGAUUGUUUUGAAAUGGGCCUCUCCAUCCGGAUUCUUUUAAAGAUGUGGGGUUUUUAUAGGCUCACUACGUGAUCAAAUUUUUUCCCUUAGUUUUUUUGGGGUUAAUUUGAGACUAACCAGACGCUGUGGGAGCGUAUAUUUGGGCGUGGUCGUACUAUUCGUAUGAUACUUUGAACAUGCUUUAUUGCAGCUAAACAACUGUCAUCAUCUCUUACUAGAGAAGAUAAAUCCUUUACUCUACAUGUUUGCUGAACCACACAGCUUAUACAGUAUGUCCCAAUCCACAACAAUAAUCCUGUCAUUUCACGACAAUGUUUGAAAAUAUGCACAUCUUCAAUGCCGACAUGCUUGGCGCCAAAUUGAAACAUAGAACAUACCGUAUUUAUUCCAUUAACCGCCCUGGGCGCUUAUUAAAUGUUUGGACCUUGAGAGUGGGCGCUUAUUCGAGGCGGGCGCUUAUUCGAGGCUGGGCGCUUAUUAAAUUUUCACCAUUCUCAGCAAGUGUAGUAGUAUAUUUUGCAACAAAACUGUAAAUGAUACUAACAAAAAGUGAAGAUGUAGCAAAGCAAGGUUUCUGUAAAAUAGUCUGAAGAAAACUCCGUCUUCGGGAGGGUCUCUUAUUAUCUCUUAUUGGAGUUUUUGUGGGAGUGAGUAGGGUGGGGUGGGCGCUUAUUCGAGGCUGGUCGCUUAUUAACGUUUUCUGUCUUUAGCAUGGGCGCUUAUUCGAGGUGGGCGCUAAUUCGAGGUUGGGCGCUUAUUCGAAUAAAUACGGUAAGUGGUUACAGCCCGGAGAGUAAGGUUUAUCUCAGCUCCACUGAUACUGACACUUUGAGGAAGAUUGACUGACAGAUGUGUUUUCACACCCAUCACAUUGUACAUUGUAUUCCGGUUACUAACAAGGGCAAACAAAGUUCCUUAAGUCCAGUAUCCAUGCCCAAGGAUUAAUAAGAGAGUAACACAUUGCAUAAACUGCUAUAGGGUAGCACUGUUUACAGGAACAUUGGCAACUAUUAACAUUUGAUACACUACAAUGUUCAACAUUGCUUGAGAACAGAUGAGCUUCAAAGGUGGCAAUAUGUACACCUUUAAGUUCACAUAUACGUAUGCUUAUUCCUAUGUAGAGUCUGAAAAUAUUGUACUAAUUUAUGCAUGGAUGGUAUUUCUAACAAUACACAUGUCCCUUCACUAUGACUGUUAUGAUACAUAUCUCUAGCAUGAGACUCAAAUUCUUUAUAUCCCCCAGCCUCAAUGAGUUGCCCUUUAAGUAAAAACCUCACAGUUACAGUUACUUCUGUACCUGUUUAAGUGUAAACCUUUUCCAUUUUUAACGUAACAAUGAAUUUCAGACGACAAUGUUGUAUUUUUCCGAAUACCCUUCCAUACAAAAAGCCUCACCUUCCGUGUUUUCUGUAACAAAGAUUUUAAUUUCUUUAUCGUUAUUUUGCUAGGUACACAAUCGCGUCGAGAAAAAUGACUAACCUUUUUUAAACCAACGGAAUUGUAAGUUCUGUUAUAAAUAAAUUUCCCACGACGAGUUCUCAAUUCAACUUCUUUUAUUUCCUCCACAAUACAAUUUUCCUUCUGUACAACUAGCCCAUCACCUUCUCUUGUGGUCACCUCGCUGCCAUCAAAACACUCUAACACAAAACUUGCUGAUAAUGCAAAAUCCCGACGCACAGUAUCGUACAUGUACCGCGUCACAAUAUACACAAUUAGAUGAAAAAACGCAAGACGCAAUACAAAAACAAGCACAUUAACCGUCACCCUGCUAAACAAAAUUAAAAUAAUAAAAAGAAUUGUUACAGUUAUCACCAUAGUUCCAAAAGAAGCCUAAGUACCUUUUGGUUUCAAUUGUUGACAAUCGCCUCUUCCUUCAUCGGAACAGAUUUUUGUCACAGGCAACUCGUUGUGUUCCGCAAUGCAAAAAUCAAAAUCACUAUUGUCACACUGAUAACCAGCUACACAAUCUUGCAACUCUCAAACUUGUUAAACUUUCCUCUGUUCAAACUCUUAUCCAUUUUACACAUACACUCCUCAUAUUCCGAUUUGUCAUUGCGUCUAUGGGGUCCAUGAGUCUUUGAUGUCAUUGAAUGUCUCGAUAUUUUCCUUUGUUUUUCUUUGAGUUCGCGGACCAGCCCAUUCCGAAAACACUCAGAGUUACUUUUUAGUGUGGGCCUAACGCAAGCAUCGUGUGCAUUUGUAAGUUUACCCGGGAUAACAUAAUUGAACAAUAUAUUAACACGUUCCUCAAAAAGCCGCGGCCAAAUGUUAUCCAAACUGCUUCUUACUGCUGGUUCGAAAAAUUUCGGAUCGAACGAUAUCCAAUUCGUCCCUCACUGGAUUAUCCACUCGACCUAACAAAAUCGACCAAUCACAAAAUAUGGGAAAAAAUGGACAUAAAAUAAAGAAAACAGCAAAUUAAGAUGACCUCUUAGGAAACAUGCAAUUAAAACUGUCUUUCUAUGACUGGUGCAUUUCGAUCCUCUCGUCAAAAAAAUGUCAGACGCCAAUCAUCUUAGCGGACCUCUUAGGAAACGAAAGUUUACUUCAACGGGUUCAAAAGGUCAUUGUUUGUGAUUUGUGAUUGGUGGAUUUCGAUCCGUUUUGUGAGUUUCUGUGUUUCAAGGUUCGUUGCUUGUGAUCUUAUUAAGACCAAACCCCGACCUUACUGUUCCAAAUAUUUUUUAUAGAUUUCAUCCCCGGACUUCAGACUUCCAAAUUUCGAUGUGGGAAAAAUACUGAAGAUUCAGAUUAACUUUUGGGAUCUUAAAAGUGCGAUAAAGUGCCGUGCUAGCAGAGCUUUCUUUCCCACAUGCCUCUUACCUUGUACAAGACGUUCGCAUGGCAGACAUUCGGCUCGCUUCGCUCGUUUACUUGCCUUGUUUACGUUAGCACGUAUUGCGUGCCUAUUUCACAUUUGGGUUAAAACAAGCCGUUUCCAUUACCGUAUUUGGGCCACGCCCAAAUAACAACCCCUGAAAAAAUUUUUUUUCAAGAUUUAUAUCGACAAUGAAGAGAACACGUAAUGCCUCCUGGGUCAUCAGUAUGGCGCUAUUUUGUCUUGUCUCGACGCACUAGGCAAAACGUAUAUUUUGACUGUGCUAUGCGACAGGCAACUCAAUAAGCUAACCUUACUGUAGAGUGAAACAAAUUUAGUGUUACCUUCAUUCCUAUUUUUUCUUUUUAGUGGGUCUUUGAAGGUUCCGCUCCUGGCUCCCCAGGUUACCUCGCUCAUUCAUCAUGCGGCGAAGGCUUCUUCAAUGCGGCUAAAGACCUCUAUGGUGAAAGCAAGAAAGACCUCAAAAUAUUGGAUUUGGGUUGUGGGACGGGACUGUCAGGUCAAGUUCUGAAGGAAAAAUACGGAUAUGACAAUCUGGUUGGACUGGAUGUGUCUGAAGACAUGCUCACUAUCGCGAGACAGAGGAAAAUCUACAAGACUCUUAUCAGCGCUUUUGUGACCACUGAGAAAAUAGAAGAGAUACAAGAUGGUGAAUAUGACGCUGUUAUCUCCGCCGGCGUGAUUACAACUGGGCUUGUGAGGUCCAGUGCUUUUGAUGAAAUCAUACGCUGGAUUAAGCCUGGUUAGUUAGCGUAGAGUCCAAGGCUGUACUGGCUUCUUUCUUGAGCAGAAUAGAAAGCAGAAACCGGGAAUCUAUAACUGAUUCUAGCUUUUCAGGGGCACCCAACGUCAAUUUUCGGAAAAUAUCUGUUCGGAAGACGAUUUGAGAUCUAGAAUUUUCGAAACAUUUGUUGUAAAUUUCUUGUUUGCCUGCCACUCAAAGAAUUUUCGAACAUCUAAAAAAUGGUAUAAUUGCCCAUUUUUAACAGAGUUUUAGCGUAAAAAGUCACCUUAGAAUUUUCGGGAGCCUUUUUUCUAGCUGAAACUUUCGAAAAGGUAAGUUUUGAUCCCUAUAAUUUUCGGAUCACUAGACUUUCAGCUAGGAAAUCCGAACAGAUGAAAAGUUUUUAGGGGAAAAAAAUAUGCCUAUAUCUGCCGUUUAAAUACUUAAAUACGGUUAACAAUGCUAUGUCGAAGUGGGUUUGAACUAAAUUCUCGUUGGGUGCCCCUGGCUUUUGAUUCUUCAUGAGUAGGCCUCUUUGAGGUCUUCUCCACAAGGUCAAACCAUGAACAUUACAAGCGCUCUCACAAGAUCUCACCACAUUCUCAGCCAUAAUUUGAAUUGAGAGUUUUUAAGCUGCAAAACAAUCCGUAUCUUGGCGUAUUCACGUACGCGCGAACAGUCAAACAAAAGAUCUGGAGCAAGGCUGAAAACAGAGCAAGACUGGACGCCCGUGGGCGUGGGCGUGUGAAGCUCGCGCGGCUCGCGUAGUGUGCGAAGCACACCUCUCUAAGUCUUUUCCUUGGCUUUUCAAAAUGGCGGCUGAGAUCAAUGUACCUCUGAGUUUGGCUCGGGUGGCUCUAAGGCUGUUCUUACGCUACGCCAAAGCAAUUUUGAGAAAAAAACCGACUGUUUUGCAGUCUAAGAGUUUUGAGCAAGAUGCUCUUAAUAAGAAGAAAUCAUCUGCGAACAAAUCUUAAGAGUGUGAAUGAGGUCUGGUUGUUAACCAAUCCAGAAAUUAAAAGUCCUAUUUUUGCGGUUACAGGUUGAGACCCGACCAUAUAGCCAUGGACAGCUGUUUCGCCCUUGUUGGAGCUCAUCAGCAUAGCAUAGCCAUCUGACAUCUGUACGGAUAAAGUCGUCUGCAGAAGCCCUUUACUACUGAGGCGAGUGCAAAGCACUCUUCUAAGCGCCAACUCGACACAACACAUGUGGGAGCUGUCGACGGCUACGCCAUGCUUAUAAGCCCCAAAAGGGCGAAACAGCUGUCCAUAGCUGCCACUUCCCAGCUGAUAUGGCGGUGCGCAUGCGUGAGGCACUGGCCAGGCCUUGGGUUUGGGUUAGCGUAUGUGUGCCCCGGAUUUAAGUUGUCUUGUUUAUUCCUUAAAUUUUAAUUGAAUUGUCUUUUUUCUGUUCGUUACAGGUGGUAUCAUGUGCUUUACCUGUCCAGUGUUUGAAAGAGAGGAAGACGGUUACAAGGCGAAAUGUGAAAGUCUGGAAGAAGAAGGAAAAUGGACACUGCACACAAACAAGGAGGCUGAUUACUAUGGCGACAAACCGCCUCGUGGGCGUGGCUAUAAAACCUGUCGAUUGCUGGUCUACAAAAAAGUAUAAAAGUACUACUCAGCAGCUUUGUAACCGGCUUGGUUUUUUCUGCGAUGAUUUUAGUUCAAUAAAAAUAAGGAAU